CUGCCAAACACAACAUUCCCAUUCAGAGAGAUCCUCCUUUUAUUUUCUAGAAUGGAUGGCUUUGCAAAUUGAAAAAACAGCUGCCCUAGUACAAAUAAUCAGGACCAGCAGCAGCUCAUGACAGCAGAGCCCAUAGCAGCAGAAUCACAGCUGAUGACAGAACUGAUUAUUCCAGAGUGGCUGCAGAGACCACCAGAGCAUCACCCUUUCAUGGUGCCGCAUCAGGUAAAGCUCAUUGCAAACAAUUUGGAUCCAUAGAAUUCUAUGUUAUGCAACCACAUAUCAAUAUUCUUAUUCAGCCUCUUAUUAGAGUCUGACACCUGCCUCAGGAUGUAUAGAAGCAGAUGGAUAGAUGGAUGGAUGGGUGGGUGGAUGUGUGGAUAGAUUGAUGAACAGACACACACAAAAGUUACUAUGUAAUCAAACUGUGAUGUCUGUGUUUUUGGACUCUUACAGGCAUGAAUAUCCUUGACUUUAUAUUGGUCAUCGGUUGCUGUUAUUAAAUAAAUUCUCUUGUGGGCAGAUAGGCACUUUAGUGUUACCCUAGACAAUAGAAAUUAGUAGACACUGAAGGACCGGUGAGAAUUAGAGACUCCCCUUGGGAAUUCUUGGUUUAUAAUUAGCUCUGUUUUAAGAUGUUAAUGAUUUAACCGCAAACAAAAAAAUGCAUCCUUUUCUGAGCAAUGCAUGCGUGGUUUAGUGGACAAUUAAUUCUUUGUAUAGUACAGAUCGGGAAGAAGUAUACAUUUAUAUUCAUCAACCAUAAAACUGACGCACCUUGUCCAGUAGGGAAUAGGUAAGGCUUAGUGGAUUGUGGGGUAUCACUGAGUUGGUGUUUCAUGUUUGCACUUCUAUAAACUACAUGAGAUUGAGCUUUUGCUUUUGAUUUGUUGUUACUAUGUGGAACUGAGAGUGUAUCAUAUCUAUCAAUCCACAGCUGUGUCAUAUAAUACUGUAUUUAGCUCUCUGGAAUUGCUGGUGGUAUGUAAUGGUAACUGACAGUAAUAACAGCCAUAAUUCGAUGAGGCGUUCGCACUAUUAACACUACUAACCAAGUACAAGUCAAGGAACAAUAUAUAUUUCUGGACCAUCCACCUCCUGGUUUCAUUUGCUAAAUAUCCUGCUUCUAACAUAGUCUCUAUAAAUUUCACAGGUCAAAUUUGCUGAGAUUGAAGUGUCAUAGUUUCAUGUUGGCGCUUUCCCUCAAUCCAUCCUGCUCUGAAAUGGGACCAGCAAGGGAACUAGGCAGCAGUGUACCAGUCUAAGGGGCAACUCUCUUCUCUUUUGUGGUUCACUGUGACAUUUUUGCAAUUUUGCUUGACGCCAUUUUGCUGUGACCAAGAUUUAAGGCUUCAACCUUAAGCAUAACCUUUAAUCUUAACCCUAAAAUCCAAAACUCCGAACCCUAAACAAAGAUAAAUCAAUUCUGAUUAUCCAUGGCCACCUCAAAUAGGAGCACUGCCCUAAACUAAACCCACAAACUUCUAUCCUUAAACUAAACCCAAACACCUAUCCUUAAACUUAACCCGAACAUGUAUCCCUAAACUAAACCAGAACACCUAUCCUUAAACUUAACCCGAACACGUAUCCUUAAACUAAACCAGAACACCUAUCCUUAAACUAAACCCGAACACCUAUCCUUAAACUUAACCCGAACACCUAUCCUUAAACUAAACACAAACACCUAUCCUUAAACUAAACCAGAACACCUAUCCUUAAACUUAACCUGAACACCUAUCCUUAAACUAAACCCGAACACAUAUCCUUAAACUUAACCCGAACACCUAUCCUUAAACUAGACACAAACACCUAUCCUUAAACUAAACCCGAUCACCUAUCCUUAAACUAAGCACAAGCAUGUAUCCUUAAACUACACCCGAUCACCUAUCCUUAAACUAAACCCGAACACCUAUCCUUAAACUAAACCAGAACACCUAUCCUUAAACUUAACCCGAACACCUAUCCUUAAACUAAACCCGAACACCUAUCCUUAAACUUAACCCGAACACCUAUCCUUAAACUAAACACAAACACCUAUCCUUAAACUAAACCCGAACACCUAUCCUUAAACUUAACCCGAACACGUAUCCUUAAACUUAACCCGAACACGUAUACUUAAACUAAACCCGAUCACCUAUCCUUAAACUAAACACAAACACCUAUCCUUAAACUAAACCCGAACACGUAGCCUUAAACUAAACCCGAUCACCUAUCCUUAAACUAAACCCGAUCACCUAUCCUUAAACUAAACACAAACACCUAUCCUUAAACUAAACCCGAUCACCUAUCCUUAAACUAAACCCGAUCACCUAUCCUUAAACUAAGCACAAGCAUGUAUCCUUAAACUAAACCCGAUCACCUAUCCUUAAACUAAGCACAAGCAUGUAUCCUUAAACUAAACCCGAUCACCUAUCCUUAAACUAAACCCGAACACGUAUCCUUAAACUAAACCCGAUCACCUAUCCUUAAACUAAACACAAACACCUAUUAGUGACAGCUAGAGAGUUACCAUAUGGACACAGUGCAUGCACCGUGGUUGCUGUGGGUAGAGAGGUCUACUCUGCUCUCCCUGGCUUUUAAUUCCUGGGCAUUGAGUACCUGCUGAGGAAUUGAGAAACAGAUAGGAGAAAAAAAAACUAUUUUUUAAAUAGGCUUUUCUCCAAAUCUAUACAUUCGCUAGCAAAACCGUUAGCACAUUCUAUGCUUAAGCUCGGUUAAAAGAGCUAAAGUCAAAACAUGUCAGUUUCAAUGUAGAGUGGAUCUAAGUAACGUGGUAUAAAUACCAGUAAUAAAUAAAUUUAUUAAAAUGGAUUUGCCGUGUAUUUAUUCCAUGAGUAACAUCUUCUCCAAUUUUUGUCUCUCUCUAAAAUCAUUCUGUCUGAUUUUUGUAUCUUGUUUGCAAUCUGUCCUGUAAAGUUAGGGAUUACUUUUUGUUUUGUACCUGUUUUAAGACAGGCCGCAGAUGAAAAAUUCGGAAAUCAUAUGAAUCAGGAGGGAAAUCACUAAACUAAAUUCAUAAUUACUUCCUGGCUAAUGAACUGAUUUUCUUUCUGCAGUGCUGCAGCCUUUAAAUCCUAAAUAUUACAGGGAGCAUUUUUUCCAUUUGUAUAUUUUUCUACUUUUUUUAAAUUAAUUUUUGUUUAAAACACACACACGUUUUUUAAACUUAUGGGCCUUUCUUUCUUAUGGUGAACCUAUAUAGUAUCAGUAUUUUAACCCCUUAAGGACCAAACGUCUGGAAUAAAAGGGAAUCAUGACACGUCACACGUGUCAUGUGUCCUUAAGGGGUUAAUAUGCUUCCAAUGCUUACGCCCUCCAUUUUCUCUCUGGUCAACAUUUGUAACAUGAGAGUUAAAAAUGUGAGGCUAAGCUCAGCGAUCGAUCAGCAUACACUGCUGAAAAAGCAUAUGCAUUAUCAAACAGAAAGAAGUGCCUGUAAGCUAAUGUUAUCCUUGCAUUCAUAUGGAAAAAAAAUAGAACGUGGUUAAAUAAGUAUAAAUUAUAAAUAGAUUAUAGAGAUAAUAGCUUGGCAUAAAACCAAGGGACUCAAUCCACUGCAGCCUAGCACCUAACCACUAAAAUAAGAUGUUGCGCUUAUGGCCCUUGGUGUGUACAUUAAAAUACUUAUUUGCCUAUAAGUGCAUUGUGUAAAACAUAGUCCCUGUUUAAAUUGCAAGCUGGGCAUUAACACAAUUUUAAUUCACUGUUACAGACACUACCGUCAAUCAAAUGGUUAAAGUGAAUAUAACUAGUAUACGUAUACAUAAACCAAUUAUAUUCUCAUUAACCUUAUGUGCAUAGACAAUUAGUACUUCUGCUGUGGAUCACAUUUCCUAAAGUACUGCACCAUAGUGUCUUCAAUGGGCUUGCAUCUCUCUGGAGACUGUGAAUUCUUCUGACACACAAUGAACGCAGAUAACAUGUGUCAUUCUUUGCAGAAUCUGAUCCUUUGUAUAAUGUUGCAUCACUCUUUUACAAAUAACCUGUAUUAUCCCAUCACUUAUUGAUACGUAAGGCUUGGCACAGUGGGUACUUGAUUAUGUGUUUCCUUUUCCAAUGAUUUCUCACCAGAGGUGUAGAAAUUGGAAUCGAUUUAUGAGAAGCUAAAAUCAGCUAAGGGUUUUUAUAGUUGGCAAAUAUUAUUAGGACACAUUGUAAAUGUUCCAGAAUGUUUUGUACUGCGGAUUUGGAACUGACACCAAUGGUUUACAAACAUGUGACGUUCAGUUAAUGGUGAGACAGCAGAAUGUGCAUAAACAGUGGUGCUUUUCGCAUUUGACCAAGGUUUCCUAACACUUUCGAUGACUGAUGAAUCUGGAAGAGUUUCACUUUCACCUGGUUCUCUCAGAAAUAUUUUUUGUCAAUAUUAAAAUAAAAAGUAAAAAAUUCUGCAGGAAAGGAAAUUAUAUUUAGAACAAUAACUAAAAAGCAGGAAUAACUAAAACAAAUGGCAUCUUUUCUUUUAAUAUUAUUGUGGCAAAUGACAUGUCCGGGCUAGGAACAUUGCCUAAACCCAUUUCAUGAGGAAGGUAAAUCAUACCCAUGGGACAGGUUGCCUACGGACAAAACUCAUGUGAGGUUAAUCACUAGACUCUAAAUUUAAGGGGAUUUAAAACCAAAUUGAAAACAUUAUGCUAGAAUUGCAAAUAUAAAACUAUGGCGGACUUGUUUAGUCUUUACUAUUCUGUUUUCAGCUCAAUACAGUUUGGUGUUUAGUGAAUAAACCACAAAGGGAGUUAGUGACGACAGAGCUAAAAAACUUAGGCAAAAUGUUGCAACUGCUAGCAUAGUGAAAAAGAGUCAAAUUUGGUUUUUAUUCCCUGACUUAAUUGAGAAUUCCAUUAUACUCCAACUAAACAAUGUGUGGGCCGAUUCUCAUGUUGUGCUCUCACAGCCACAAAGUUUUAGUUGACUUCGACAAGCUGUCACUACUGAAUGCUAAGUGAAGGAUCAUGAUGCCUAGUACUUGCGCCAAAUCUCCUGUAGAUAGAUUUUCACUUUACCCAUGAUUCCACAUGUCUCUGCAAGUGCCCACAUCUAAAAGAUUAGGGAAUAGGAUGCUCUGAGGAAUAUCUGCAAGAUUUAGGGAUUUUUUAAAAAAUUUUUUUAGUAAUUUCGUAAUGAUUAGAUUAUUUUUCUCAACUAAUUAAUUCUAGGUUUAGAGGAGAAAAAGCUAAUUUAACACUUUCUGCUAAACUCUUGUGAAAUAAGAUUUCCAAAUGUUUUUUUAAAUACUAACCAAAAUCACUAUAUAUAUAUAUAUAUAUAACUAAAAUUACACAGUGGUUAAGUAUGUUAACAUAAAUAUACAGUUGUGUGAUACAAAACAUAUAUAACAGGGAUUGAUACCGUGGAUGUUUGUGAACUACAUUUCCCAUAGUGCUUGCUCUGGUAAAUUAUAUAUUUAAAUAUAAAACAUGCUAGUUUUUAAUUGCUUUGUUAAAAUAUUUAAUAAUGUCAAUAACAAUAUAUCCAAUCUAAAUGAACGUCAUUCUGUAACAUACUAAGGUUUACAGGGAUUAAAAACACACACAAAUGUUUUUAUAAUAUCAUAUUUUUUCAUAGUUUACAAUGAUUCUUGGGCAUAGAAAUUAUUCCAAGUCACAGACUUUAAAACAGAGAUGUCAUUACUUUGGAGGUAACAGUUGUUCGUUUCCUUACUAUUUCUUCUACUGAAGUGCUUACUUGGAUGAAUACUGUAGCAAGGCUAAAUAUAGAACCCCUUACCUACACACCACAGUACAUCUGUGUUCUGUGCUCUGGCUCAGUCAUGCGUUCCUGGAAAUAUUUAGUUAAAAUGGCAUGCAUCUACACACAGGGUCUCCUUUCACUGAAAAGUAUACAUACCACUCAACUGUCAGUAUUUAGUAGGGACAGUCCCUAUUUUUGGUCCCUCUGUCCCUUUUUACUAUCAUGAUGUCCCUCAUUUCUAGGGGCUCCACAGCAAUUAUACCAGCAAUAAUAUGUCUUCAAACUACAAUAAAUGUGUUUAGAAUUCAGUCUGUGUAAAUACAAUACAUUGUUGUUGUUCUAAAUAGCACUUUAGUUGUAUAAAUUGUUCCUCUAGACUAGGCGUUCCCAAUUAAUUUUUCCCGUGGAACCUUUUGACAUAGUGUAUCAACAUCAUGGAACCCCCUCCCCCUCUCCCCCGGUAAAAUUUUUUUUUUUUUUAAUUGUGCUGUUUUUUGUAUGUGCCAGUGUGUAAAGGUGUGUGUAUCUGUGUUUGUAUGUGCCAGAGUCUGUAUCUGUGUGUCAAUAUGUAUCUGUGUGUGUAUGUAUCUGACACACAGAUAUACACACACUGGCACAUAAUGGCAAAUAGAUACACAUACUGACACACAGAUACACACACCUUGACACACAGUGUGUAUCUGUGUGUGUGUAUGUAUGUAUUUGUGUGUCAAGGUGUGUGUAUCUGUGUUUUAAAGUGUGUCUAUCUGUGUUUCAAGGUGUGUGUAUCUGUGUUUGUAUGUGCCAGUGUGUGUAUCUGUGUGUCAGUGUGUAUGAAUCUGACACACAGAUACUCACACACUGGCACGUAGUGGCACACAGAUACAUACACCUUGACACACAGUCUGUAUCUGUGUGUGUGUGUGUGUGUGUGUGUGUAUGUGUAUGUGUGUGUGUGUGUAUCUAUGUGUCAAGGUGUGUGUAUCUAUGUGUCAAAGUGUGUGUAUGUGUUUGUAUGUAGCAGGUUGUGUCAAUGUGUGUGUGUAUCUGUGUUUGUAUGUGCCAGUGUGUGUAUAUGUGUGCCAGUGUGUAUAUGUGUGUGUGUGUGUGUAUGUAUCUGACACACAGUUACACACACUGGCACAUAGUGACACACAGAUACAUACUGACACACAGACACACACACCUUGACACACAUACACACACACUCAGAUGCAUACAGUGACACAUACACACAUAUUGACUCACAAAUACACACACACUCAGAUAUACACUUUGACAUAUACACACGUGCACCCACAGAUACACACACUGGCACAUACAUACAAUCAGAUACACUCAUUGACACAUACACACAGUGUCAUUUACACACAUACAAACACACUGAUAUACACUGGCACACACACAACACCAAUACACACAUACUGACAUACACACACUCAGAAACACACAGUGACACAUACACAAACCUUGACACACAGAUACAUACACUGACACACACUCAGACACAGAUACUCUUUGACAGACAUACAUACACUCUCACUGACAAACACACAUACUCUUUGACAGACAUACAUACAAACACAUAUACACUCUCACUGACAAGCACACAUACAUUCUCACUGACAAACACAUACACACUCACACACUCACUGGCAAACACAGAUACACUCUUUGACAGACACACAAACACAUACAAACUCUCUAACAGUCACACAUACAAUUUAUUUUUUUAUUUUACUCCACCCAGCAUUCCUACCUUUGGGAGUGCUGGCAUGGAGUCUUUAUGUUCCUGUAGUCCCUGGGAUCCAGUGGGGCUGCUAAACAACGGGCGUGAAGUUCCUGGGGUCCAGUGGGGCUGUUGAGCGGCUGACAUGCUGUCCCUGUGGUCCAGUGGGGCUGCUGUGCGUCUGGCGUGUGGGAGGCGAGGGAGCAGUGAUCUUCCUGCACAGCUCCCUUGUGCCUCUCUUAGUGAUGCUGGAGUGACAUCAUAUUCAGGCUCUGGCAUUACUGCUGUGUGCGUGAGGGAGCUGAGGCGAGGAGAGUGCUCCCUUUCCUACCGCAGCCAUUUUGUUUCACAACAUUUUGGCGGAACCCCAUUUGUGUUCUCGCCGAACCCCAAUUGGGAAAUGCUACUCUAGACUGUAAGCUCGUGUGAGCAGAGCCAUCAUCUACCUAUUGUUCCUGUGUAAUUGUCUCAUUUACUGUAAGUCCCCCCACCCCCUUCAUAAUAUUGUAAAGCGCUGCGGAAUUAGUUGGCGCAAUAUAAAUACAGAUAAUAAUAAUUAUUAGUAAGUCACAUAAAAUUUCUCAGAACAGCCCACCUCCUGGACACACCACCACUCACACCCCUAAAAUUAAAGUGCAAACUCAUAGUCCAUUUGAUAUGUUGGCAGUUAUGAUAUGGAACCAUAGAAGGAUAAUUGCAUUUAUUUGAUAUACUCAAUGGCAGCAAGCCAUACCAUGUACAUUAAAACAUGAAACAGUUUGAAAAUAAAGAAUACAAAUAGCAGAACUCAUAGUUAACUUUUAGUUGACUACCUGGUUUAGCAAAAAUAUAACUUGUGACAGUUCAGCUUUAAGCCCUAUCCUCAAUAAAUGUAAUAUUAGAACAUAGAACUCCAUCACACAGUGCAUAAUUUUUUAAAAGCAGACAAAGAUUCCACUAGGGAUAUUUAUAAAAAAAAGCCACAAAUCCAUAAUUUGAGCCACAUAUUUUUUUUCUUUCACAAACCCAUUUCUGUUUUACAUGAAGGUGAUUCAUACAACUGCAAAGAAGUAACAGAGGACGCAUUCAGCUGGUGCGUCACACGAUGGCAUAACCACGGAGUGGAGUGGAUUAUAUAAUUUUUUUUGCUUGUUUUUAACAUUAUAGGGUUUAUGUUGUAAAGUUAGCAUCAUGGGUUUCAUACCUGAAAUCAUUAAAACUGAAUAGAAGUAAUUUGCAUACUAAUGACAGCCCAUGUACUCCCAUUAACUACAGAACGGAUAUAUGUUGUAAAAGAGGCAUUAGAAAGCCUUCAAUUCAUAUGUCCAUCGUACUGUACUUAAAUUAUAAAAAUCUGCUUUCCAAAUUUCUCAAAAAUCUUUUAACACUUAAUGUGCCAUAAAAAAUUAUCACUCCUGGCUGCGGUGGUAACAUACCAAAAGAGGGUAAGGACACAGUAAGUUGCUCGAGCUAUCGACCCAUCUCGUUCUUGAAUGCGAACCUCAAACUGUUCGCAAAAGCGAUGGCCCUCCUACUAUCAAGGGCCCUGACAGGUCUGAUCCACCUUGACCAGGUGGGUUUUAUCACGGGUCAAGAGGGGCGCGACAACACCAUCAGAGCCCUCAACAUUAACCAUGCCGCCCGGUAGACCAACAAAGAACUGGUGCGUCUCUCCACAGACGCGGAGAAGGUUUCCGACCGGGUAGACUGGCAUUACCUAACAGCCGCACUGCAACGUAUGGGAGUCGGACCACUUAUGCAUGCUUGGGUGCAGUCCCUAUACACAACCCCCACGGCCCGAAUCUGCGUCAACGGAGCAUUAACUGCACCAUUCCCUAUAUGAAAUGGGACCCGCCAAGGGUGUCCCCUGUCACCCCUUCUGUUUACCCUCUCUCCCAAAUCUUUUCUGGAGGCGGUCAGGCAGGACAGGGGUAUUACUGGGUUCACCUUGGGUGGGGGAGAGCAUCGAGUCGCAGCAUAUGCAGAUGAUCUGCUCUUCUUCCUGGAACAACCCAGGGUCUCCCUGCCAAACCUGCUGGAGUCUUUUAGGCAGUUCGGUUAGGUCUCCAAUCUGAAAUUGAACAUGGACAAAUCAGAGGCGCUCCACCUGCCACAAGACCCAGCUUCCACCGCACUCCUACAGGCAGAGUUCCCCUUCAAGUGGUGCAUGGUAAACUGAGAUACUUGGGCAUCUGGCUGACACAGGAUCUCACCCAACUGUACCGGCUUAACUAUCUUCCCCUGCUAGACACACUCCAAAAAGACAUGCAACACCCCUCAAUACGUCUCAUGGUUUGGUCGGGUCAACGCGGUUAAGAUGAAUGUCUUGCUGCGUAUACUGUACCUAUUCCAAACCAUCCCGAUCACCAUCCCUAGGACAUUCUUUAAUACCCUCACCACGGCGAUAUGGAGGUUUGUGUGGAACAAUCGACAGACCAGACUUUGGCGGGUCCUCCUGGAGCUACCCAAGUCAGCUGGAGGGGUGGGUCUCCCAUCAAUUCUAACGUACUACCAUGCUGCCCACUUGCAUAGAUGCCUAGAUUGGCACACAUACCCUGCAAAGAAGCUAUGGGUGUCUUUAGAGACCCAACAAGCAGAGGGCAAAAUCCCAUCUGCGCUUUGGCUGGGUAAAGGGACUCUAAGCUCACUACGUACAUAUAACCCUUUGACAGAUGCCAUACUGGGCGUCUGGUGCGCGCUCCGUUUUCCAGACAACUGACGACAUCACCCAGGCCACUUAUCCCAAUCACAAAUAACCCAGACCUGGCAGGUGGGUUGAGCGCAUGCGACUUGGUGGGACACCAGGUAGCAAACUGGAUGCACAUGCACCAUUGGUGCACACCCUACCAACUACAUCCCAUCACUGUGUUGAUCCUGGACAGACCACCGACCCCAUUGGAACAGUUCCGAUAACACCAAGUUAAGACAUACUAUGGUUCCCUAUCCGGCCGGGGACAGAUACACAGAUCUCUGACACAGUUCGAGACGCUCUGUGCCAGGAGGGAACAAGUCACAAAGGCAUCUCAACCAUGUACACACUGCCUAUGUCCAAUAGAGGUGACAUAGCACUCGGGUAGACAAGUAGAUGGGAGAGAAAAACAGGAGUCACCCUCUCAGACCAGGAAUGGGACAAAAUCUUAACCAUCACGACAAAUGCUCCAUUAGCUCUAAGUUCCAGGAAAUGAGCUACAAAGUGCUAACAUUCUGGUACCGGACGCCAGACGUCCUACACCGAAUGAACGCAGGUUACUCGCGGGAAUGUUGGCGAUGUGGACAGGACGAGGGGACCAACCUCCACAUAUGGUGGUCAUGCCCUGCCAUUGCCCCUUAUUGGCAGAUGAUACAUAAUAAGAUACAGGAAAUCACAGGCACAACCAUAGUGUUUCAACCUCUGACCAUGUUGCUGCACCAUGACAACAUUGAAACACUACAAAAAAUCACUGACCCUCCCACUGCUAACUGCAGCUAAAUCCCUGAUCCCACUACAUUGGAAACGAACAGAUGUCCCCACCCUCCAGCAAUGGGUAGCCAAGGUCGAUGAAAUACACAAUAUGGAGUCCUUGACAGCUGCCCUAUGGGGACGCACGAGACGUGUGUGCAAACCUGGACUCCAUGGCUCAUGUACAUCUCAGGGGCCCCGUACAGGAGGGCAUGCUAAAUAGGAUCCUCCAAUGAUGGGCGAGGUGCUGCGGGAGGUGCCAGGGUGCGGCAAGGGGUGAGAAUGGAGGAAGGCAGUCACUUGCAUACACACUCCUCAUACUCAGCUCCUUCUUUCUUCCUUCCUUCUUCUCUUCAGCUGUUUCCCCUCUAUCAUUAGCCUCCCCCAGAGCCUGACUACUUCCCGCAUUAUUCGCAGUGGAUCAAUCCCCUGACUCGUAUACCUCCACAGCCAUGACACACAACACUGACACAAAGAGCGUUAGGACAGGUUCACCAGUCCACGACUAAACCUGUGGCUACAAACACACCUGAAACUAAGUGGGGAUGACCCAACACACAGUCCAUGCUAUACUCAACGUUUCAAAUGGCAAGACCGCACGCAACUAAUGCAACCACUGGCAUCUGUAGACAAACACAGAUUAACACGCAUACAAAAUAUACGCCAGACGCACAACAGCGAACAAAGUCCACAAACGCCCUUUAGACAAACAGAAGAUCUGCAUUGUUACAAACAAUAAGCACACGGUUAUGUCAAUAACAUAAUAAUAAUAAUAAUAAUAACAUAAUAAUAAAUAACAUAAUAAUGUGCCUAUGCUUCCCGAGGCCCAAACGCUUAUUCCAAUACGAAUAUACUCCCACUAUGAUGAUGUCUUGUACUGAAAGGAAACCAAUGUACACUGAUGGCGUAAAUUGUUAAUCUAACGACCCAGUCUGCCUUAUGUAUUAAUGCACACUUUGGUACUGCCCUAUACAACACCACUGUAAGCAGUUAUAAUUCCAUGACUAUUAUGGAGACAAAAUAAUUGUUAAGGAAACAGGAUUGGAGUCGGGAGAUGUAUGAGCGCCUCCCAAAAGAUGGUUAUGCCAAUCUACGGUGACAACUGUUGUUUGUGUAUCACAUACGAUAUACUAUUGAGGAUGACUGAUACCAUGUCUUGCAAUAUGUCAAAGUGUUACUUGAAUGUCUGAAAUUGUACACAGAACUGCAAAAAUGUAUUAAGAAAAUGCAAAUAAAGAUUGUAAAAAAAAAUGGUCACUGAUUUUAAAGAAACACUAUAGUACAAACUUGUAUUCCUAUUUGUAUUAAUAACGCUUGUGUUCUAGUGUCUUAAAAGUUUUACACUCCCCCAACCCCUGUCUGCAGUGAACCUGAAAAUAAAGACUUUUAAUUACUUUACUUUUACCUUGUCUCCAGCACUGAGACUCCCUUACGCUGCUGUCUACUUCUCCUCCCACAACAUCAUCCAGGGUUCUAGUCCAUUCCAAUUCUCCACAUAGAGGAUGCACAAUCGGGGCAAGUGCUGCGCACGCAUCCAAUUAAAUACUUCUUACAGGAAAGUAUUGAAUUCAGUGCUUUCCUAUAAAUAGUACAUUAUGAUGUUUGACGUCUUCAUGGAGGUCGAACAUCACAUGACCAAGGUUGACUCAGUUGCUACACAGGAAGCACCUCUAGAAGCAGUCUGGGAGACAAAAUGUCUAUUCUUUAAAUUGCAGGGUUAAAACUACAGAUCAAUUCAAUUAGAUAAAAUGGUCUGGGUAAUUUUAGUGGUUCUUUCAUGAAGGAAAUCCACCACAAUUGUAUUUGAAAUGCCUAGAAUCUGGCUAUUAAAUGAGGUCUAAUAUGUGUAAACGUGGGCUUCAGUUUGGAAGUUUAUUAAUUACAGCCAUCUAGUGGGAGGUUUUUAAAGCUAAUUCUGAUAUCACAAAAUAUCCUAGGAUUUCAAAAUUCCCCCAACUCUCCAUGUUUCUGUAUAUGGCAUUUUGUGUUGUUAUUAUACUUAAUUUCAUUUAAAUUGUGUGUGAAUUCGAUGUUGUAAAAGAUUAAUUAAUUUUUUCGUCAUUCUUUAUUUUUGAUGUGCAUAAGAUAACAAACAGGCCGACGAUGCUAUGACAACAUUGUCAAGCACAGAAAAAACAAUAUAGUAGGAUAUUGGCAAGGCAUAGCAAUAGCACAAUUUUGUAAAAAUAACAUUGGGCUAGGCAAAUAUAUCCAAGGGACUGAGAUUCUCCAGAAUUAUUAAACAUUAUUAAACUGUACGGAUUAGCUAGACAAAAGGUUUAAUUAAAAAAUAAUAAUAAUUUUUUAAAAAACACCUUGUGUAUGCUUUGAUACCAUAUAACACAAGGUUCAUGUGUACAUGCAAUUUAAACAGUUUUAAAAUUGGCAACAGUGUUCCAGUGUUCACAAUGAUGCCCAAAACCAAGCAAUAGUGCAGAACACUAUGGAUACAGACCCAGUAUUUACAAAAUAUACUCUUCCAAAAUAUGGAAUUAUAUUACUGAUCCCCACUCUUGUUAAGGCAUUAUAAACUAUUAAAACAUUGUUUAAACUCACCUUUACAAUGAGAGUCUCCUCACAACAGCCUGAUACAUCUCUACUCUGAACUACAGUUGAACUUAAGGAAUGAAACCCUCCCUGUUGUCUUCAGAGUUUCAUUGAAAAUUCUGAAUAUUCUGAUUAAAAGCUUACAAGCUGAUCAUUGUAAAAUAAAAUACAAUAAAUAUCAUAUUGAAAAUCUUUUUAGAGGCUAAUCGGAUUGGAUUCAUUGUAUUAAAUACAGAUGGACCUCGUUUUGCAACCUAAUUGUUUUACGACGGUUCGCACUUACAACCAGCUCACUCGUGGGGUAGUAAGUGUGAACCAUUGUGGGAAUUAGAGGGAUUCCAUGCUUUGCUGCAUUCACCUAUGUUCGGCGAAAUUUCCCCGAACAUAGACGAAAGCAACAGAGCAGGGAAUCCCUCUAAUCUAUGUUUAGGGAAAUUUCCCCGAGCAUAGAUUAGAGGGAUUCCCUGCUCUUGUGCGUUCGUCUAUGUUCGGGGUAAUUUCCCCAAAUAUAUAGACAAGCGCACCAGAGCAGGGAAUCCCUUAACUCCUCACUUACCGACCAAUUCAUUCUAGGACCGGGUCAUAGGAACGGAACCCGGUCGGUAAGUGAGGAGUGUCUGUAAAGCAAAAUUUCAAUUUGACAAAAAAAUUUCGCUUCUGUUUCAUGUUGAUUCCCACUAAUAAUAAUAUUGCAUAUAAAUACAGGAUAUUGUGCCUCAGUAAUCUCUCCAGCAAUAUUUAAAAAAUAAAUAGCAUUAGAUAAGAUCAUUUGUUAUUCAGCUCGUGCCUGCAAUUGGAAUGAAAGCCAUCUUACAAAGGGCAAAAGGGGAAACUGCCCAGAGCAUACAUGUUCCCCUGGGGCAAAAGCAGCUGCUUCUUUUGCACGUCUCUAAUGCCUUUUAUCUCUCCCUCCUUAAUAAAUCAUGUGGACCACCCUAAAGACUGACUGACACUGAGUAUGUGAUGUAAGUGUGAGAUCUCAUUGGCUGAAAUGAAAUCUCAUUGUAACCCCGUGCUAAUGUCACAUGCAUUGUAUCCAUCUGUUUGUAGCCAACUCCACAUGGCUUAUUAUGGUUUAUUGUGCAGAGCCGUCUUAACACAUGGGCACACUGGGUAGUGAACUGGGGGCCUCAGGAGCAUAGGGGCCCAAUAUGCCUGCCAACUGUUUCACAAAUGUUUGUGUUGAACACUUGACUAAUAAUCAAUAAUUCCUAGUAAUUUCAUAUUGUACCCUCUCUGUCUGCGUAAUUUACCAACAAUGUACCAUUUUUAUUUUGAAUUUCUUGUUUUCCAACUUCAAGGCUCAUGGUUAUAUUUUCCAAACGUUUGUGUGGGUGAAUCUGUUUUGUAAUGUUUAAACACUGAUUUUGUUGGGGGUACCAAUAAAUAUAAGCUUCAUUUUAUCGACAAUUUGCAUUUAUAUUCAUGUGAGUAGUUGUGUAGGGAGGGCCUCAGUGCCCUGCUUUGCCUGGUGGCCUAAAGUGCUGCAGAGACAGCCCUUUCAUGGUGGACUAAAAGGGUGCCUGUCACGGUACCUACAAUCUAUGCCGUUUUAAAAGAGGAUGGAAUUACAUCUAUACAUUGUGCUAGCAGAUUUAAUUGCUAGGUAUUUUUCCCAUUGGAGCCUUGUUCAUGUCUAGAAGGGGCUAUCUACUGCACCAAAUUGCUUGUACAAGGGGGCAGUUGCAGUGUCCUCUUCUUUUUUAAUGUUUUCCGUUUGCAUGUUUGUUUAUCUUAAUAAUGCAUUAAAUGUGACGUUUCUUCCAGUCUAGUUUGUCUGAUUAUAAUUAUAUAAUUCUAAUUUUUGCUCUAGAUAGAAAGUGUCAUGACCUAUCCUGUCUGAAAGCUACUCAACUCAAACUGAUGAAAGAAUGUAUUAGGAAUCUGAAUUGGACAAAGGGCAGGGGGAGCCCGGGAGGGCAAAUUAACCCUGCAUUAAAGUGUGCAUGGGCAAACAUGGCACAUACCUUUGUUUUAGAACCUUUUAUAAUUUGGAAGCUGCAAAUCACGAUUAUUUGCUUAAUCUCUGAAUGCAUCGUGUAAGCCUUUUUUAUUUAUUUUUUUACUCAGUAUUAGAUUGGCAGAGUGAGGAUUCUAAAGUCACGCAGCAAAGGUUUUCAGCAGCUUACAUAACACAGACUAGCACAUCCAUAUGCCUGGUGUAGAGCUUGUUCCUCAGCUUGAGACAGAGCUUGUAAACGGAUUAAUUUCUGAUUUUCCGAUGUGACGGCUGUGUCUUUCUGAUGUGUAAAGCAGCAUGUUAAUCUUUGCAACUUAAUUACAUAUUAAGGCAAUUAGUUCAUCAACUCUCCUAAGAAGCAUUCAUUUAUCAGAAUCCAUAUGCCUUUAUGGUACGUUAGAAAAAUAUAUUUUUUUUAUAUUUUUGUCUAUUUGUACCUCAGUCAUCAAAGCGAUGAUUUCCAACCAAUGGCUUCAAUUUAAUAUUGAUAAGCUUUCCAAAUGAUUUAAUAUUUUUGAUAAACUUUUCAAAUGAUUUAAUAUUAUGAAAACUAUUUUAAUUUUGUAGUAUUUUGAUAUUUUUGUUUACUUAUUGAUAUGCAUUUUUACAUGUGACAUAUUGUUUUAUAUUUUAAUAUUUAGAAAAAAAUAGUUUAAAGGAUUAUCCAAAAAUAUUAAAUCAUUUUGGAAAACUAAUACAACAAUUUUAAAUUGAGACGUAUGUGUAUGUUAUAAUAACAAAAUAUAAAUAAUGCUAAAUGUUAUUGCAUAUUAUCGAUUUCAUUAUCGAUUCUUUUUUUUUGGUUUCAACACCAUAAAAAACAUGCUUUAUCUGUCCAUUGUUUAUAAAUGUGACCAGUGGAUUAAACCGCAACCAAUCAGAGCAGGAGUGCCCGUUCAAAUGGGGUUUUGCGCCCUUUCUUCCGAUUGGGCCGCGAAACCUCUCUCCUCCCCGAACACCGAUUGAUGCAACCGUAUUUCGCGCCCAUUCUUCGGAUUGGGUGGCGAAACUCCUUCCUCCCCCGAACGCUGAUUGACGAUAUUUGGUUCACGCACUUUCAGCUGAUUGGUUAUUGCUUGGUUUAGGCACGAAGUUUGAAAUCGCUGGACUAAACCAGGCAACACCAUGGAAUUAAUUCCGGGGAUGUACAGAGCCUAGAGCUCCAGACUUUGGAUGAUGAUAUCUUGGGCUCUGUACAUUCAAUCGCCCUGCUUUUUGCAGGGAUCCCAGAUGGGACCCGGAACUAUUUAGCAAUUUGAGUUCCAACCCUGUAACACCUCCACUUCCCUUCCAGGGGCGCAGAGUCCCAAAGUUAACCCUGUAUGUAAUGUGUUUUCAUGUGUGUCCCUGCAUACUAUUGGUAUCUCCCAGAGCGGGAGAUGGUUAUCUGUAACCCUGCCCCCUCCUGCUUGGGAUUGUGUUGUGUUGGAUGGAGACCACCUGUUGGAGUCUGUGCAUAAAAAGCUGUGUGUCCUAAUAAAGAUUGUCAAACUUUGUACCCCUGGAACUGUGUGUCGUCCAGUUACUGGGAGAAAUGGGUCUCUUUAUACAUUAAUAGCGGGGGAAACCAGCCGGGUUACACAGAGCCCACUACAUUUACAUUACAGCCUAGGGAUAGCUCCAGUGGCUACUCCUCAGAUGGCUACUAGAGGUGCUUCCUUGGGCAGUUUCUCACAUUUAGUUUCUCCACCCUCUGCAUGGAGACACUGAACUUUCCUCAUAGGGAUGCAUUAAUCCAAUGCAUUUCAAUGAGCAGAUUCUGAUUGAUCGGAGCUGUGUUUGGCUUGUGGUGGCUCUGCCUUUGAUCUGCCUCCUUGACAAUCUUAGCAAAUCCAAUGAUUGAUGCCAGCCAAGGAGGCAAAUCAGGGGCAGAGCCAGCACCAGCAGACUGGAAUAAAGGUAAGAUUUUAUUAUAUUUAGGGGGGUAAAGGAGAUGGGGCAGGGGGGCUACUUGGUGUUUUUAACACUAUAGGGUCAGGGAUACAUGUUCGUGUUCCUGACCCUAUAGUGUUCCUUUAAGUCUAAGUAUCUUGAUCAUUUAAUCUGAGCAGAGGUGGUCCUAACUUUCAAAGCCUUGUCGGUUCAUUGUUGGGAAACCCCUUUGACCAUGUAACCUACAUUUCCCAUUACUCCUCUAUUGGAUUGGCCCAUCAUCCUGGUGUCGUGCCUCCAGGAUGAUGUAACUCAAGGAGGUGGUCACAGCAGCAUCGAGGGAUUGUCAGCACUAAAGAAAAGAAGAGUUAAUGGUUUUUUCAUUUAUUUUGUUUUGUGACACAUAGGGGGGGACACCUAAAUGAUAAUGGGCAUCAUGACUGUGGCGCUAAAAAUACAGAUAUGUAUUCCUAAUGCUACAGUAUUCCUUUAACUCUUAAAAGGAUCAUGGAUCAGUUUUCUAUCCAACAAAGCUCUCCAGACACCAUAACCACGCUGUCUUGAAUACACGUAUGAUUAAGCUGCUGUGCUAUCAUCUGUAGUUGCAGAUCUGAAAAGUCAUCAAAGCUAUCUCAUCAUGCCAGGCAGCUCUUGAACACAAGUUAAUUGAAGAGCUCCAAGGAGAUGAGGUCUGAUUGGCCAGUCUCUGAUUCAGUUGUUAGAUUCAGUGCUGUUCGAUGUAAAAAGCAAAGGAUAAUAGCAACAGGAAAAAGAAGUCUGUCCACUGCAAUAAUACUUUUUAUGUUAGUUUGUUUGUGUUCUAUACAAUUUUUAUUUUAUUUAAACUUUUUAUUUAUUUCUUGCACUGAUACGUCAUCAAAUACAAAGCUGGCAUCAGCAUAAAUGGAGCAUAAAAGAAUAUACAAUAAAACAUCACAUAUUGGGUGCUGAUUAAACAGAGAUGCAAUAUUACAUUAUUAAAUCUCUACUGAUCAUGAGCAUCCGCAGCAUAGGGCAAGAGAACAAGUGUCUUCUUCCCUCAUGAAUCUGCUUUUUCUUUGAUUAUUAGAGUGACAUUGCCUACACAUAUUAUGGGGUAAGAUGGGGUACAUUGACGUUGUGGCAGGCUUAUGCAAUGUAUGAUCAUAUAAUGUAACUAGACCCGCAUAUUUUUUUGCCUGGAUUAGGUGUUUUUACAAAACAAAACAAAAAAAAACUAACUAAAUCUGUCAGCACUGAAGUUGCUGUUUAGGGAAUAAUGGAGAGCGCUGGAUUUUCUGUUUUUAUUGUAUAAACUGGCUCCCAGCAGCACCCUACUUAUGCAUAUUCAGGUGAGUGCAGUCAGCCCCUGCUAUACAGUGCCUUGCAAAAGUAUUCACCCAGUGGCGUACACAUGACCCAUGGGGCCCCGGUGCAAAAAUUGAUCCGUGGCCCCCCCCCCCGCGCUUACUCGGUGCGGGUCGGGGUUGCAACACAUGGUGGCGGGCACCUGGUCGCAGGGCUGCGACUCCGCGACCGCGGUAUGCAUACACACUUAAAGGACCACUACAGACACCCAGAUCACAUCAGCUCAAUGAAGUGGUCUGGGUGCCAGGUCCCUCUAGUUUUAACCCUGCAGCUGAAAACAUAGCAGUUUCAGAGAAACGGCUAUGUUUCACUGAGGGUUAAUCCAGCCUCUGGUGGCUGUCUCAUUGACAGCUGCUAGAGGAGCUUCCGCGAUUCUCACUGUGAAAAUCACAGUGAGAAGACACUAACGUCCAUAGGAAAGCAUUGAGUAAUGCUUUCCUAUGGGCGGUUUAAAUGCGCGCGCGCGCCUCUUGCCGCGCAUGUGCAUUUUGGAGCUGAGUGGCGGACACUGGGGAGUCCGACGCUGGAGAAAGGUAAAUGCUGAAGACACACACACUCUCACGAACAGACGCAUACACACUAGCUAACAGACACACACAUUUACUGACAGAGACAUACUCAGCGACAGACAUACAUACACACUCACAAAACAUACACUUUCACUGACAAACACACACUCACUAACAGACAUCAAACACACUCAGUAACAGACACACACAGUAACACACUCACUAGCAGACACACACCCAAUAACAGACACAUUCACUGACACACACACUAACACACGCACUAACACAAACAAACACUGACACACUAACACACACACACACUAACACACACACACUAACACACAUACACUAACACACACACACUCUAACACACAUACACUAACACACACUAACACACAUACACUCUAACACACACAUACACUAACACACACUAACACACACACACACACACACACACACACACACACACACACACACACACACACACACACACACACACACACACACACACACACACACACACACACACACACUCACACACACACACACUCACACACACACACUCUAACACACACACACACACAAUAACACACACACACACUAACACACAUAUACACUAACACACACACACAUACACUAACACACACACACACUAACACACACACACAUUCUAACACACACAUACACUAACACAAACUCUAACACACUAACACACACACACACAUACACUAACACACACACAUACACUAACACACACUCUAACACACUAACACACACACAUACACUAACACACACUCUAACACACUAACACACACACACACAUACACUAACACACACACACUCUAACACACACAUACACUAACAGACACAUUUUUUUUAAAAUUUAAUCCCCCCAGCCUCCUUACCUUUUGGAGUGCUGGGGGGAUUCCCUGGGGUUCAGUGGUGCUGCUGGGCUCCUGGGCGGCAGGUCACUGGGUGGGCGGGCGGCAGGUCACUGGGUGGCCGGUCGGGCAGGCGGGAGGGCGCGCGAGGGAGCACUCUCUGUGUGCUUCCUCUUCAGCUCCCUCGCGCGCUGCGUAGGGAUGCCGGCGCCGGAAGAUGACGUCAUCUUCCGGCUCCGGCAUCAGUGCGGUGCGCGAGGGAGCUGCAGAGGAAGCACACAGAGAGUGCUCCCUCGCGCGCCCUCCCGCCUGCCCGACCGGCCACCUGCCCGGUGACAGCAGGGCCAGCCUCGGGGGGGCCUGAGGUGGCCACCUCCUGUGCCCCCCCAGGAGAAGAGGCUGCCCUGUGGCUGCAUACCGGGUCGCAGGGGCGGCCGGGCCCCCUGGUGGGCCGGGCCCGGUCGCAGCCGCGACCCCUGCGACCCUGGUAUGUACGCCACUGUAUUCACCCCCCUUGACUUUUUACCUAUUUUGUUACAUUACAGUCUUAAGUUCAAUGUUUUAUUAAUCUGAAUUUUAUGUGAUGGAUCAGAACACAAUAGUGUAAGUUGGUUAAGUGAAAUCCGAAAAAUAUAUACAUAAAACUAUUUUUUAGAAAUAGAAAACAGUAAAUUGGCAUGUGCGUAUGUAUUUACCCCCUUUGUUUUGAAGCCCAUAAAAAGAUCUGGUGCAACCAAUUACCUUCAGAAGUCACAUAAUUAGUGUAACGAUCUCCACCUGUGUGUAAUCUAAGUGUCACAUGAUCUGUCAUUACAUACACACCUUUUUUGAAAGGCCCCAGAGGCUGCAACACCUAAGCAAGAGGCAUCACUAACCAAACACUGCCAUGAAGACAAAGGAACUCUCCAAACAAAUAAGGGACAAUGUUGUUGAGAAGUACAAGUCAGGGUUGGAAAGAACAUGGCACAACAGCAAACCUGCCAAGAGACGGCCGCCCACCAAUACAGGCAAGGAGGGCAUUAAUCAGAGAGGCAGCACAGAGACCUAAGGUAACCCUGGAGGAGCUGCAGAGUUCCACAGCAGAGACUGGAGUAUCUGUACAUAGGACAACAAUAACCCGGACGUUCCAUAGAGUUGGUCUUUAUGGCAGAGUGGCCAGAAGAAACCAAUUACUUUCAGCAAAAAACAAAAUGGCACGUUUUGAGUUUGCGAAAAGGCAUGUGGGAGACUCCCAAAAUGUAUGGAGGAAGGUUCUCUGGUCUGAUGAGACUAAAAUUGAACUUUUCGUCCAUCAAAGAAAAUGCUAUGUCUGGCGCAAACCCAACACAUCACAUCACCCAAAGAACACCAUCCCCACAGUGGUGGCAGCAUCAUGCUGUGGGGAUGUUUUUCAGCAGCUGGGACGGGGAAACUGGUCAGAGUUGAGGGAAAGAUGGAUGGUGCUAAAUACAGGGAUAUUCUUGAGCAAAAUCUGUACAAGUCUGUGCGUGAUUAGAGGCUAGGAUGGAGGUUCACCUUCCAGCAGGACAAUGACCCCAAACACACUGCUAAAGCAACACUUGAGUGGUUUAAGGGGAAACAUGUAAAUGUGUUGGAAUGGCCUAGUCAAAGCCCAGACCUCAAUCCAAUAGAAAAUCUGUGGUCAGAUUGCUGUUCACAAAGGCAAACCAUCCAACUUGAAGGAGCUGGAGCAGUUUUGCAAGGAGGAAUGGGCAAAAAUCCCAGUGGUAAGAUGUGGCAAUCUCAUAGAGACUUAUCCAACGUGACUUGGAGCUGUGAUUGCCGCAAAAGGUGGCUCUACAAAGUAUUGACUUUAGGGGGGUGAAUAGUUACGCACAUUGAUUUUUUUCUGUUAUUUUGUCCUAUUUGUUUUUUGCUUCACAAUAAAAAACAAAAAAAUCUUCAAAGUUGUGGGCAUGUUUUGUAAAUUAAAUGAUGCCAAUCCUCAAACAAUCCAUGUUAAUUCCAGGUUGUGAGGCAACAAAACACGAAAAAUGCCAAGGGGGGUGAAUACUUUUGCAAGGCACUGUACAUUUAAGAAACACUGUAGGCACACAGACAUCUGCCAUGAAAUAGCAGAGGAAAACUCUGCUAUUUUAAUCAGAUGGUCUAAGACAACGCACCAUUUUGCUACGCAUGUGCACCAGCCUCUAAAUGCUUUCCUAUAGGACAACAUUGAUGACCUCAGCCAAAGAGGGGGAGCUUCACAGAGGAGGCCAGCACUGCGAGGGAGAAAAGGUUUCUAUUUUAACACUGGCAGCACUGAUCGGAUCACCUUAACAGUGACUAGGACCGAUAAUGUAGGAAAUACAAGUUUGUAUUCCUAACACUGUAGUGUUCCUUUGACUGACUAACUGUAUAUCUGAAAGGGUAGGGUUCUUAUAUCUCUCAAAAAUGGAAAGUACAAUUCAGAAAAGGAAGAUCAGUAUCUGAUUGCCACUAUACGGAACUUUUGGCAAUUGUGCCAACCAGCCACUUCGGGGCCAGCUGUGUGCUGAGCAUUUCUGAACAAGUCUAAACAAGUCUAAAGUCUAAACACACUGGAACAGCCACCAACUCAAUUCAUCAGGAUACUAAGACUGGGGUUCCAAAUCAGAAGUGUCCCACUAGAUCUGUGAAUAUUAACAGAUAUGAGUCCUAUUAUUAAAAUGCACAUUGUCCAUUUUGCUGUAUAACUGUUUUUUUGUUGUUACAUCAAUCAACCAUAGGUUUUUAAAGUCAGAUUAAAAACCUUACCCAACCGUGCGUUUUUAGCAAAGGAGGCUGUGAGAAAUAAUUGAAAAAUCUAAUCUAAUCUGCAACUAACAAGGCACCAGAGGCAUUACACUAUAUUAAUUAAAGUCCUACAUAGGAACUGGUUUCACCCAUGAGAGAAAGGAUAUCAUUUUCUCUGGACAGGUUUGUGCUAUUGAUAGGACGUAGGAAAAUUAUGUGUUAUUUUUAUAUCUUUUAUUAAAGGGACACUCCAGGCCCUUAUAGGACUUCUGCUUGCUGAAGUGUGUCCUCUUUUUUUCAUUUUACAAAAAGUGCAGAUUUCAAUAGAAAUUGAGACUUUUCUAAAUUACUUUUUUAUACGUGAACAUAUUGUGCUUGACCCACUUUUUUAUAGUCAACACUAUUUCAGCGUAUUCUGCUGGGUCCACUCAUCCACCUCUUCAAAUACCGCGGUCACUGGAACACUUAAAUAAUUUUUCCUGGUUAAUCAUGGCAGAAUUUAACAUAUGGGUUUAGCUCCUCCCUCUAACCCUCAGGACAGGAAACACGAACAAUUAGACAUGUGCAAUUCGUUUCGGUCCGAAUAUGAAUUUGGACGAAUUUCGGGCAAUUCGGACACUCGGGUACUUCUGAAUGUCCAAAUUGCCGAAUUGCUGUAGUGCCGAAUUGUCGAGGUCCUGAAGUUCCGAAAUUGCCGAAGUUCCGAAGUGUCAAAGUGCCGAAGUGCCGAAGUUCCGAAGCACAGUAUUGCCAAAGUACUAAUAUACUUACCCAGUGAAAGAAGAAGAAUGUUACAUUGUAUACAAUUUUAAAUAAAAAGUAUACAAACAUAGCCAGGAUUCAGCUUUAAGCAUUUGCAACACCUACAACAAUCAAGUAACAUACAUUCAAAUAAAAUGUAAGUUACUUAGCCUGUCAAUGGAAUGACAGGAAUGAAUAAGUAGAUAACUCCCUAAUUCCCACGGUAUUAGGGAGCUAUCUACUAAAAGGCUGAAAGACCUAAAUUGGUCUUUCAGCCAAAUUUACUAAUACUAAGUAAAUAUUACUUAGUAUUAGUAAAUUAUGCCCCUACUCACUAUGCCGCGAGUAGGGGCAUGUCUGGUAAACAGUGAGCAGCCUGUGGGUGUGGGGCCCUAAUGUAAAAAAAGGGGGGGGACCUAUUGUCCCCCCCCUGGGCCCCCACCCCUGAGUGGUGGUGGGGGCCCUAAAUCAGAAUUGGGGGGGACCUAAUGUCCUCCCCCCCGGCCCUCACCCCUGAGCGGUGGGUGGGUGCCCUAAAUUAUAAUAAGGAGGGGUCCUAAUGUCCUCCCCCCUGCCCUCAACUCUGAGCGGUGGGUGGUGGCCCUAAAUACUAAUAAUAGAGGGACCCUAUUUCUUAUUUAUUUAUUUUUAUUUAUUUAUUUUUUUAUUUACUUAGUAUUAGUAAAUUUGGCUGAAAGACCAUACCGUGGGAAUUAGAGAGUUAUCUACUAAGCUGCUGCAAUAGAAGUCCUGAAGUGCUGAAGUCCCAAAAUUCCAAAAUGCCGAAGUGCCGAAGUUCCGAAGUUGCCGAAGUUCCGAAGUGUUGAAGUGCCGAAUUGCCGAAUUGCCGGAUUGCCGAAGUCUGAAUUGCGAAAAUCCCAAAUUUCGGAAUGCCGAACCAAACAGAAAAUUUUCCCCAUGCACAUGCCUACAAACAAUAAAACAAUUAAGCAUACCUUCCCCUGGUAUAAUAGGAACCCCUUCAGCCAUCACACCUCAGUCUUUUUUUCCUGUCCUCAUAGCCCUAGGACAGUUGUGAUUUUUUUUUCUCUCUCUGAUUUUCUAAGGGUUAAAGUUUUUUUUUUAUGCUCACCUGAUCAUGCUGCUAUGAUCUUCACCCUAUGGAGGUCAGCCUCCCUCCACAGGAAGCCCAGGCACAUGUAGCCCUUUCUCUGCACGAGUGGGGAACCCCUGGGAGCCAUGAUGGUAGUCCCUCUGGCAUCUGGAGCCUGUGUUCGCCAGGAUAAUGAAUCCAGACCUCGAUCAGAUGAUCAUCCGUCCGGUAAGACGCACGCACAUGCUCAAUAGCCACGGCCGGAUUUUCGACAUAUUAGCCCUCAUCCAAGAUGGCGGAGCCACGGACUUGUUGCCAAUCGGCGCAUGUGCGCCUCCUUAAAUGCACAGAGCGGGAAAUUUGAAUAUGGUGUCUUUUCCUGAAAUUAUCUAGCGUUUUCAGUUCCUUUGGUCUUACACUGCUCUCUAAGUGCCCUAUUCAUUCUCUGUAGGUAUGUUUUGUGCUUUUAUUUACAUAGUAACACUGCUCAGCAUUUAUCAAUGGAAUUCAAUUGGGAUAACAUUUUUGUUAUAUAGCCCUUCUAAGAGGAUGGAUCCAGCAUCUCCUUCUGCAAAAUCAGCAAGUAGGUCAUAGGUGAGCAUUAGAAUUUUUUUACCUUUUCUUAAGAUUAAAAAGAGUUCAUGGAGGGUACAGUCAUAUGACUUCUGUGUUUUACAGCCCUUAAGACCGGUCUGGCCCUAGAUCUCCAUCUAAGAGGGAUAAACCGGCGGCCUGCCCUGGAUGUGGCGCAAGGCCUUUGGAUAACUGCAGGCUAUGCCAUAAGUGCUUAUCCAUGGUCGCAGGUGAGUCGGAACUUCGCAGGUCACCUCAAGCCUCUACAUCCUCGGCUCAGGAUAUAGCCUUUUGGAUAAAGCAAGCUGUGGCGGAAGGGAUUUCAGAAUCCAAUAGAGGUAAAAGAUGUGAGAGCUUUGGCAGAGAAUCCGACUUCUCAGGAGAAGACUUCAGACACACGGCUGGUUCCUUAGAAUUAGAGCCUAUCUUUUCUAGUGAGGAAUAGCUCAUGGAGCAACCGUGCUCGUUAGAUGAUAAGUCCAUGGAACAUCUGAUCAUGGCAGUCAGGAAAACUUUGGAUUUGCCGGAAGAAGUCAGAGAAGUUUCGACUUCUGAUAGACAUUUCGGAGACCUCCACAGGAGGAGACCUUCCUUUCUAGUACACAGAUCCAUUAAGGAGCUGAUAUGCUCAGAAUGGAAUACUCCUCGGAAAAGGAUUACAAAUUAGGGCAGAUUGUCAAAAUUGUACCCUGUUAAGGAGGAGGAUUCAAGAAUGUGGACGGUGGCCCCAAAGAUUGAUGCUUCAAUUAUUAAAGUGGCAAGAAGAUCAACUCUGCCUAUUGAUCGUAGUGCUUCGCUCAAAGAACCCAUGGAUAAAAGGAUAGAUGCAGAUCUUUCUAAGGUCUUCAUGACAGCAGGCUUGGGAUGUCAUCCUGCAGUCUUUAUCUCUGCUUUGUCCAGAGCAUUAUGUUCAUGGAUCCUCGAUUUGGAGGAGGAUAUAGAGAAAGGAGUGAGUAGACGCCACAUGACGGACUCGUUAAGGGAGAUUAAACUAGCCAGUGACUGGCUGUUGGAAUUCUCCACAGACCUCAUCAGGAUUUUUUCAAAGGUUAUGGCGCACUCCGUUACUGCUAGAAGGGCUUUGUGGUUGAGAUCCCGGGGAGCUGAUUUCUGUUCUAAGAAUAAUUUAUGCACCCUACCAUUCUUGGGCGAGGUGCUUUUUGGCAGACCGCUUGAAGAAGCCAGCUGAGGUCAAGCAAAUCAUGCUUCCACAAGACAGGCGUCCGAAAAGACCGCAACAGGACCAUUGUCCUUACAGGCCUCAAGGCGGAUACAGGGAUAGUAAAACCUAUCGACCAGGCAGAGAAUACUCUCGGCUCUCCAAUUGGAAGAGUGGCCAAACCUCAAAGUCUUACAGACCAAAGGCUCAAAAUUCUUCCUUUCGCCCCACCAGACAGUUCUAAAGGUGGCUUAGGCCAGGUCCCUCAUGUCGGAGCACGUCUUACGUUCUUCCAGAGGACCUGGAGUAUGAUUCCAGAUGCCUGGGUGAAUUCCAUUGUCACAACAGGUUAUUCUCUGGAGUUCAAAGAAUUUUCCCCUCCACCAAGAUUCAUCAGAACAAGACUCCCUGUCGACAGACAAAAGAGAGACGUCUUGACUCAUUAUGUAACAAAUCUAUUACGAGAAAAGGUCAUUGCUCCGGUUCCAGUGACGGAAAGGUUCCAAGGGUUCUAUUCUCCCCUCUUCUUGGUAAAGAAGCCGGGAGGAAAGUGGAGACCUAUUCAAGGCCUACACCAGCUCAAUUUCUUCUUAAGGGUAAGAAGGUUUCGCAUGGAAUCCAUCCAUUCCAUCAUUCCCGUGGUACACCACAGAGACUGGUUAAUCUCAAUAGAUCUGAGAGACGCCUACUUCCAUGUUCUUGUCAAGGCCAGGCAUCAGAAGUUUCUUUGAUUCCGUGUAAAAAGGGAGCACUUCCAGUUUCAGGCUCUUCCCUUUGGAAUAAGUACAGCCCGGAGGACUUUCUCGAAAGUGCUGGUCACAGUUAUUGCUUUCCUCAGAAGGAUGGAUGUUGCCAUCUACCACUACCUCAACGAUAUCCUGGUAGUGGCUUCAGACUUCGAGACAAUGCUUUGACAUAGACAGCUGGUCCUCAAGACUCUAUCUCAGUUUGGAUAGCUAAUCAACCAAGAGCAGAGUCAUCUACAACCAACAAGGGAGCUGGUGUUCAUAGGAGCAAGCUUCAAUACCCUCACGGCAAUAGUAUCUCUUGCUCAAGAGAGAAGGUUGAAACUGCAGGAUCGCAUUCACACCUUUAUUCGAAUGACGUCUGCUUCCUCAAGGGAGUUUAUGAAGCUCCUAGGUACCUUGACCUCUACGAUAGAUCUGGUCAAAUGGGCGCAAUGGAACCUGCGUCCACUUCAGCAGUAUCUUCUGAGAAACUUAAGAACCAGCUCAGAGGAAUGGAAAAGACAGAUCCACAUUCCUCUCGAUCUGAAAAGGAAGCUUCGGUGGUGGCGGAAAGAGGAAAACAUUUCCAGAGGUUUUCCUCUGAAGAAAAUCGACUGGGUAGUCAUCACGACAGAUGCCAGUCAGUAUGGAUGGGGAGCACAUCUGGGAAAAUCUUUCAUCCAAGUAGAAUGGCCUCAGAGGGCUCAGAACCUGCCUUCAAAUAUAAGGGAGUUGAGAGCGACAUCUCUGGCUCUUCUCCACUUUCAGCACCAGAUAAAGGGAGCCUGGGUGAAAUUAAGAGUAUCUCAACCAUCAAGGAGGCAACAGGAGUAUCUCGCUGAUGAAAGAAGUGACAGCAAUCAUGAACUGGGCACAAAUACAUGUGGAAGGCCUGCGUGCAGUCUUUCUCCCCGGAAAGGAGAAUGUGUUAGCAGACUUCCUCAGCAGACACCAGGUGAAAGCCACAGAAUGGCAUCUUUCAAGGCCUGUGUUUCAACAAUUGGUCCAGAGGUGGGGUCUUCCCCAAGUGGAUCUCAUGGCUCAGAAUGCUCAAGUCCCUUGUUUUGUAUCCAGAAAAUUCCAUCCAAAAGCACUGGAUCAAGAUGCUCUUUCAGUGAAAUGGCCCUUUCAUCUGGCGUAUGUUUUCCCCCCCAUUCCUCUCAUUAAUGCUGUGCUGAGGAAGAUUUCCAGAGAACGUUGCAGAGUGAUUACUGUAAUCCCCUUCUGGCCGAGUCGUCCUGGUUUCCUCUUCUGAAGAGGUUGGCGAUAGAGGAUCCUUGGGAAAUUCCGGUCACAGAAGAUCUCCUGACACAAGGCCCAGUGGUUCAUCCAGAACCUUACAAGCUCAGGCUUCAUGCGUGGCUUCUGAAAGGCAAUCCUAAAAGGAACAGGGUUUAUCGGACCAGGUGGUCUCUACCCUGUUAUGUUCCAGAAAGAUCUUCACUUCCUCUACCUACCACAGAAUUUGGGAAGCCUUUGUGAUGUGGUUAAAUUCAACCAUGCAGAACAUGAGUCCUCCUACGAUCUCUCAAGUCUUGGGUCUCCUACAAGCUGGCUUGGAGAAGGGUCUUUGUCUUAACACCCUUAAAGUGCACUGCUCAGCUAUCUCUGCUCUUUCUGGUGUUCGAUGGGCGCUUCAUCCUCGGGUGGUUUGCUUUUUCAAGGCCGUUUUACGUAUUAGACCUCCUAUUAGACAACUGGCGACUCCUUGGAAUCUGCCUCUGGUGCUUCAGGCUCUCACAGAUCCUCCCUUUGAACCUAUUGGCGAAAUUCAGAUGCACAUCCUUUCUCUGAAGACCCUAUUAUUGCUGGUUCUAGUCUCAGCUAGAAGGAUGUCUGACAUCAGUGCUUGAUCAGCCGAGGAACCUUACACUUCCUUCUUCGAUAAUAGGGUCAUUCUCCGCCCGAGACCUGAAUUUCUUCCCAAGGUGGUUACACCUUUCCAUCUCCAACAGGAGAUUGUCGUGCCUGCCUAUUUUCAGCAUCCUUCUACUCCUGAGGAGUCAAGGUGUCACAUGCUGGAUCUUAGGAGAUGUUUGUUGAUGUAUAUAGAAUGCUCAGCUACUUGGAGGAAUUCCUCUCAAUUAUUUGUUAUACUUUGGGGUUCUCGUAAAGGAGAAUCCGCUUCUGUCUCCGCCCUUCAUCUUGGACAGUAUCUGCGAUUUCCAAGGCUUAUAAAGCUAGGAAUGUUCCUGUUCCCAAAGGCAUCAGAGCUCAUUCCACAAGAUCCAUUGCUACCUCAUCGGCUGCAGAGUCAGGUGUUCAUGCAUAUGUAAGGCUGCAAAUUGGUCAUCCCUAAGGACCUUUGUGAAACACUACAAAGUGGAUGUGGCUUCUCGCUCGGAUUCAGAGUUUGGCCUGUCAGUCAUGAACUCCUUUAAUCCUCAGAGCUGAUUUAUUUAUUAAACUAUUUUGUAGCAUGUAUUUCCCUCCCUGUGUCAUUAUUGCUUGGGGAAUCCCAUAUGUUAAAUUCUGCCAUGAUUAGCCAAGAAUACGGAAAAUGUAUUCAUACUUACCGUAAUUUUCUUUUCCUGGCUAUUAUUCCCACCCUCUUUUGGAUAUUCGUCUUGUUACUUGACUGAGGUGUGAUGGCUGAUGGGGGUCCUAUUAUACCAGGGGAAGGUAUGCUUAAUUGUUUAAUUGUUUGUGUUUCCUGUCCUGAGGGUUAGAGGGAGGAGCUAAACCCAUAUGUUAAAUGCUGCCAUGAAUAAUAGCCAGGAAAAUAAAAUUACGGUAAGUAUGAAUAAAUUUUCCGUAUUCUGAAUAGCAUCCAUUAUUACGUUUUGUGUGGGCAAACUGCACAUACUUAUAGUGUCCUACAAGCUUGUGCAGUUUGCAUACACAAAAUGUGUUAGGAAGGAACUAAGGUGUUGUGUGAUAUGUUCCCAUGUAAGCACUUGUAUCUACAAUAAAGCAUUUUGAGUCACAUGAUCUGCUGUGGCCAAAUUUACUAAUAGAGACAAUUCCAUGUUUCUAAUGGUUUCCUACGGAACAUAUUUCACUUCAGUUAGGUAUCUUUUAAAAAUAUUGGUAUUAGGGCUAAAUUGCACUAAUUAGUAAAUAGCGUUUUAGAAUGAUUUUCUAAAAAUGACAAAAAAAUAUAAAAUAAAAAAAACAGGCCAUCAUGAGCAUAUAAAGACAUUUUCUAUGUGUGAGGUGAGUUAAUGAGGGAAUUGAUGCAUCUUACAAACUCUAACGAUGCACGUCAGUCAUACAGUCAUAUCUGUCUCCCAUUAAGAUUUCUUUUUUCUCACGGUGGCCUAGGCUCUCCUUAAUUUUUUAUUGUGACCAGUUAUUGAUUGUCUGCCACAUAGCUUCACCAAAGUACUAACCAGUUCAGGAGCAACUUAACAGCUCAGUGAACUCACCAUAAUCUGUUCUUCGUGUUUGUUUGUUAAAAGCAGGUGAACAUUAAAUAGUGAACAUAUUCUCUUGGUCCUGUACUUUUUUUUUUGUUUUGCAACUUGUUUCUGGCUUGUUUUUCCUGUGCAACGUCUUUCUGAAGAUAUCAACAUAAGGUUCUGAUCUUAGUGUUUAUUUUCUUAAAAAAUAUUAUGUCAUCGGCUACUUGGUGGGAUAUUUUUUUCUGCAGCAGAUUGUGUUCUGGACAAUAUUCUUUGUUGCUACACUAAAGGCUCCUGUGUUGCUUAGUUUGCAGUCUUUUUUCCCCUGCAGUCACCAGGCUCAUGAUCUUUCACAAACAACUAUGAUUAUGUGCGUUGGCGGAUCUCUGAGAGGAGGAAUAGAACAGAGGAAUCCUGAUUGGAAUACUCGCUAAGCCAAAGGCCAUAAGGAUUUCUCUAUAACUCAGGGAGAUCCAAUCUAAGCGCCUUUCACAGCUACAAGGCAAAUAAAAACCUGAGCCUUUUUGUUUGUUGCAUUGUGCUGUGCAGAGUGUUUCCAACGACUAAACUGUAACAUUUUAGAGAACCUGUGUUGGCAGCUAUGUGUAUCUGUGACUAAACAGGAGACAAUUCAAAGUUACUAAACAGAUGUUUUUCAUUUUACAUGAAGACAAAGAGAUUUAGUGAUGGUUUUUAGUGAUGGUUUUCAGGAAUGAUUUCCCAACCCAGAAGUAAAAUUAACCCCCUGAACGUGAUUCUGUGCUGUCCAUGUGUGGACCACCAGCGGCAAUUUAACAUCAACACACAAACAGCAUGAUUGGAAACCUGCCCAACAGCUCCAUCACCAUCUAGUGUUGUGGCAUAGUUUGGGAUGCAGGGGAAAGUGAGUUUUACUUACCUGAACCUGUCUCUCUUGGCCAUGCUCUUCCUUACGGUACUCUUCAGGUCCUGUAGCUUCAGCAGCCAGAAGCCUACAUUGGCAGUGUACUCCCGCGCAUGCACAAGAGUACAAGACUGAGGUCUAUAGGGGAACCCAUGAGAUCCUGCACAGACAGAGCUUUUAUUCCCCUCAGCUGUCAUUAGUGACAUCAGGGGUCUUGACAAUGCAAGGCAAAUGUAGCUAUGUCUUUUUGUCAAGUUUUGUCAAGCAUAGGAAAAAUACAAAGACAAAGUAGUCCCUACUUCAACUUAGUAUAUCGUUUGACUGGGUUGGAAUUUCAGAGAGAUUCCAACACAUUUAAUAUGAGUAUUUCAUAAAGAUUUUAUCUUCAUGAAAACAUAUUCGGGGGGAGGGUGACAGUGCCACUAAAAUAGCCUAACAGUAAAGAAAUGGAUGGAUGAAGACUUGGUUUAGUGGUAUGUUUUUGCAAAUUUGUUUCAGUGUUCUUACAUAUAAAAUAAACCUGAGAAUUAGACAUGUAAAAUAAACUUUUCCCGCUGUUAAAGGGACACUACAGGCACCUAGACUUCUUCAGCUCAUUGAAGUUGUCUGGGUGCAGUGUUCCAGCACCCUUAAACCUGGAAAGGUAAUUAUUGCAGUUUUUUGUAUACCUUUAUGGGUUAACUCCUCCUUUAGUGGCUGUCUACCAGACAGCCACUAGAGGGACUUCCGGAUCAUUAGGCAACUUUUGGUCGCCUGACGCUGGACGUCCUCACACUAUGCAUGAGGACUUCCAGCAUCACCGGAAUCCCCAUAGGAAAGCAUUGUAUAAUAUUUUCCUAUGGGGAAAUCCUAAUGUGAGCGCUGCCAUUGCCACGCAUGCAUAUUAGGUCUCCCCCCGCUGGCUGAUGUCGCUGGACCCAGGUAAGUAUCAGAAGGGAUUUUUAACCCUUCCUGCACUGUGGGUGGGGGGAGGGAGGCAAUAUAGGGAGCUAUAGUGUCAGGAAAACAGCUUUGUUUUCCUGACACUAUAGUUUCCCUUUAACCCCUUAAGGUCCAAACUUCUGGAAUAAAAGGUAAUCAUGACAUGUCACACGUCAUGUGUCCUUAAGGGGUUAAAGGCAUAACACCACCAAGACCACUACUGACUCGGACAAGCUCGUAGGUUCUAUGAAGUGCAAUGACAUGAGGGCCCUAUUUUUUGUGAAUCUUGAAUCACAUUGCAUAUAUGAGCCUCUCUAUGCACUUUGGUGAAGGAAGCGGGUAAAUAAAUGUCUCCAGUAUCAAAGAUUACACUAUUAUCUUUUUAUUUUAAUUUUUAUAAAUUAAAAUGUAUUAGUUCAGCAAAUGUAAAAAAAUACAAACAUCAAAACAGUCAAAUUGAACAAUAUAUAUUGAACCAUGUAUGCAUAUUAUCACAUUCACAUUCAAACUUGCACAAAUGUUGUGCAAAUGCGCCAUUUUUAUUAAUAUAACGACUAACUUUAUAUACUUUGUUCCUACUUUUCUGUAAUGUGCCAAAAUAAUACAUUUUACACUUUUUAAUACUUUUUGCAGAUUUUACCAUUUAUUACAUUCACAGAAUAAGACAAAUAGUAUUACUAUAGGGGGGAAAUGGCAUAAUUUGAAGGAGUUUUUAUUCCUUAAACAGAUUGUGAAAUCUGCUUAUCUGUCAGAAAAACCACCACUCUGACAGUGCCAGAAAAAUGUAUCCGAAAUAAAAGGUGCACUUUUGUACUUUAUUUUUUUAAUACCUUGGAAGCAAAAUAAUUGGAAUAGGAAAUUGAAAUGAUGGAAGAGAUGCAGUAAGGAAUAUUUUGAUGCAGUUAAGGGAUAAAAUAGGUGCAAAAAGGGAAAUCACUAGAAAAACUGUCUAAAAAGUGAGCACAACACUUUUUUUUUCUUAAUCCCAACUGUCCAUUAAAGAAGUAGAGCUUAUGCACAAUAAAAAUGAUAUAAUAAAAUGUUAAAAUAUGUCUCUGUACCCUGGCAACUUCUGAGUGACAGCACAGACCGGGAGGUAAGAGGUACCUAUGACAUUUGAGAUAAUGAUGUUCUUCGAUAUACCCCUUUGUAGAUGUGAAAGUAACUGAAGGAGGGAUACUAUUUCUAAAUUAUUGGUUUCUGAUUUUUGGGUCUUCUUUUUUUACCUAUUACCUAUUUAUCUAUUCAGAUCUAACCUUUGGAAUAUGUUUACAUACCUUCCAACAUUUCAAAUGGACAACUAUGGAGACUUUACUUUUAUGGGUGUGAGUGAGGGUGAAAUUUUAGAUGACCUACUGUUAACAAUUUAUAGGACUAUGGUGUAAUUUAAAAUAAGAACAAUGCAUCGUAUUUAUAUAGACUGGUUUCUAAACAUAUUUAUUGUUUACGGAUACAUUACUAUUUAUUUUUAUUUAUUACUGGCAUUUAUAAAGCGCCAACAAAUUCCGCCAACUCAUACAAUACUAUGAGUAUUAUUGCUGUGGAACUCUGUUAUACAUUCUUAUACACACAGAUUUGGGUCCAAAAUAGGGACUGUUCCCACUAAAUAGGGACUAUUUGAAGGUAUUAAUUUAUUGAUAGCUAGAUCCUGACCUCAUGGCUCACUUUAUGAAUUCACUCCGUUGCUCUCUAUCCAAAUUCUAACUUCCAUGGCCUCUGGCUACUCCACAUAGUGCUUGACUUUCUAUUAUCUUGUUGUCCCCUAGGUGGCAUUUGGUCAUUACAGAAUUUACCUCAUUGCAUUCCCGGAGCAAGUUCUUCUUUAUUUGGAAAGUUCCUGCCAUUCUGUAACUAUGUAUGCAUUCAUGGCUGCCUACAUUUUGUAUAGCCUUCAUCAAUUCAUAACAGUUUCCCCCAGUAUUUAAGGAUACCAAUGGCUUGUGGCAUUACACAUUCCAUUUGUCAUUAAUAGAAUCCUAUGAAUAGAUACUUACAAUGUGGAAUCAUUUAACCAGUCAGGCAGAGAAUGGGUUUCUCUAUUCUAGGACAGAUUAUAAAGAGUGUAUUUCUUAGAUGGGUCAGUAACACAAUUCCUUGUCAAAAAAAGAAUAACAUUUAGUGAUGUGUAUGUACGAAAAGAGAAUGAAUAGGAACAGGUCGCUGAGCAAUUUAUAUUUGAACUACUGAAUGUGGCUGAUGGCAUCAGAGCAUCCACAAACUCCAAGGUGCCUAUAGGCAUGUGCCAACUUUCUCUAAUGGGGAGCGUUUCUCUGAGAAUACAAAACCGCAAGCAUUUUAUUUAGUUAUGUUGAAAUGUCCUUUCUGUUUUUAUGCCUUUGGCACUACAAAGGCUUUCUGCACGUCUGUUUUUAUCAUGUUCUGUUCCAGUGCGUUUCCCAGUGUUUUUUCAUAUUCUCUAAAUUCGGCCUCAUUUAUAGCACAGUGGCUUAUUGUGUGAAUUUAACAAGAACAGGACAGGAAGAUUCAGAGCCAACAGAGUGUAUUAGUAAGGGCACUUAAAUCCUUGGAGUCUUUGUGCACGUAGCCAAAAACAUGCGGAAGAAAAGAUAGAUUAAAAAAGAAAUUUCAGAUUAUCAUUAGGGCUCAGCUGUGUACUGGGUCUCUACAGAUCUACAGGCAGAUGCCAGUUUUGUUUAUGGUUCAUUGUUGGCAUGCUAAUGUAAUGGUCUACUUUAUUUAACAAAGAACAGAAGAGGCUAAUUUAAUACUUUAACGCCACACCGGUUAAGGUAAGAAAAGGAUCUUUCAUUUCUUUUCAUAUACGGAAUGAAUCAAAGGAUCAGAAACUAGAAAUAAAACCUGUAAGAAAGAAUAUAAGAAAAUGGUGAAAUUAGUUUAAUGUUGAUAGCGUUUUUCCCUAAACUGGAAAAAAUCAUGGAAUUGACCAGACCAUUGAAUUUUCCCAAUUCAUCUUUUUAAGGUAAAUUUAAAAACCCACAGUCAAUGAAUGAAACUGUGUUCUUUCUACACAGCUUUGUAUACAUUCAGACUUUUGACUCACCCUGUGUAUACAAUGUAAUGCAAGGAAGAAUCUGUUUAUUUUUGGAGUUGGGUAGGGAGAUUUAUUAAGGGAAAACUAGGUGCUAUUUGGAUGCAAAGUGCUAACUGUUGAGAGAAUUCUGUUGAUCUCAAUGGCAAUUGACAGAUUUCACCCAAAAUCUGUUAUGUCUUAUUAAUCUGAGUCCCUUGCAUGAAACCUGAGCAGGUCCUCAAAUAAGGGCCUGUUGCCUGAUAUUCAUUUUACUGUAAGUAAAAUGGUUUUAUCAGGAGGGAAUCAACUGAUAUUUGACUUUCUUUUCAAUUUUCUCCUGUUGUAUAUAUUUAAUUAUUAUCCAACUUAACUCAUAGUGUCACAUGUUCAGUGAUUGAACCUGAUCAGUGAUGAAAAUACGUGUCAUUGUGUAUAUUGGUAGAAUGUUAGCACUUACUCCCUCUGCAAUGCUAUAAUAAUGGAUUUUCAGGGAUAUCUCGGAUACUGAUGUAAUAAAAGUUGGAAAACCUAUUUUCUAGAAAAUGUUUUUCACAGACACAUUAUAUAAAAUCUAAAAUAUAGUGAAAAAUCUUUAUGUUAUUUCUUCCAUAUUUAAAACAAAUGUCAGGAUGACACUUGGUUUGAUGUUCCACAAAGCUGUUUUAAUUUAUUUUAAGGUGUUUACUUAUAAAGUAACAUGGUAAUAAGAUAAUGUAAAUACAUAGUUCUGUAUGGAGAAAUAUUACUUUUCCAGUAUACUUAAAACAUUCAGCCUGGCUAUUUAAAUAUUCAUCUGUGUAGUUAUUAUAUUGUAACUGACUGUAUGUGAUUGACAUGUUGUAUGUAGUUUACUCACUAUUGGUAGAGUUUACAGGAAAAUCUAACAACACCAAACAUCAGGACUAUAAGAUUGCAGGACUAUAAGGAGAUGGCGCCUCUAGUGGCUGUCUGAAUGACAUCCAUUAAUGCUCUAACAUGCAAGGUAAACACUGCUUUUUCAAUAGGACAUCAGUACACUACUCAAAGACAAAAUGGUGGACCUGGCAACCCAAGAGCCACCUGCGAAAUUGUGUCGGAGAGUAAAAUGUCUUCAGCUGUAAUUUUUUUUUGCAAUUCUCAAUCUGAAUUUUUCAUUGGAUUUUGUGGUGUCCUAAGAGUUAGGGAACACAGCAGCAUUCAUAUGGGAACAUUAAGAAUGCUAAGGUAAUGGCAGCAACAAGGGAGGGAGGAUUAGAUGAUCACACCACUUCGAUUUGAUAUAACACGUAACUUAUUAUGUAUUUAUAAACACAUGUAGAAAUACAAAAAUAUAUUACCAUGCUAGAUCUCUCCUAACCCUUUUCAGCUCCAAGUGCUUAUUUCUCUUUUAUUAACACCACAAUGAAUAAACAUGUGUUUCUGACUGCUGACAGCCCCAAGCAUAGAUCAGAGGCUGGCCGCCCAUUGCAGCUGACGCUUUUGAUGCCAAAUUUUCAGAUGAAGAUACUUUUCCCUACAAUAAAAAAAAAAAAAAGGAUCAAAGUCCUGGAGGUGUGGAUGAUCACAAAGGAAAAUAAUUACACUAAGUAAUUAGACGUACAAUAUAGCCUGAAUAGACUGUGUGUACAUUAAUAUUAAAAUGGCUUUGUAAUAGAAACAUAUCAAACAACUAUUUAGCAUUUUAGUAUUCAUUUUUCUGCCGUAACCUUCCCAUGCAACUUCUGAGUGCUGGUUUAUGGCUCACGUAACAGCCUUGUGUUCCUAUGUCAGCAUUAGGCUUUGUCCCAUUGUCUGGGACAAUGUGUGCUGGCUUAUACUCCUGGCAGUACUUCCUUAUGUCAAACUAGUUCACCGACAGGAUUUACAUAAGCCUUAAAGGUUCUCACCUGCUCAUCAUUAAGGGUUUUAUAUCUAAUCCUGUCUAGCACACACAAUCUGAUGGUCAAAACAGUUUACUGUUUUUAUGUAAUGACUGAUAUUACAGCACAUUCUACAAACUGCCUUUGAUAACAUAGAUAAAAGUAGAUAGAUAGAUAGAUAGAUAGAUAGAUAGAUAGACAGACAGGCUCACUGGCAGACCAUUUUUGUUGCUGUAUAAUAUAUAUGAAGACUACAUAUUUUACAUUUUUUCAUCAAUGCAUUGCAUACAUUAUCGUGCCAGGAGACCAAGGACCAACACACCUCCUAUCCAUGGGAAUGCAUAUUUAGUGUGCACAUUUCUGUUCUUUGUAAUAUUGUAUCCAAGGGAUAAUUAAGCACUAAACAAACAACAUCUGUAUUACUAGAUUAUAAAACUGCAAAGAAUUGUAUGAGAUUUUAGAGAUGUAAAAUACCAGUCAGGCUGUCUACACUUUACAUAUAAGUAUAUCAGAACAUAAGCAGUUCUGCACUCGUUGUUCAUUAGAUAACAUGGACAAAAUGACUGUCCAAGCGGAGGCAUUUACACUGAUCAACCACAGCAUUAAAAACAUUGACAGGUGAAGUGAAUAACAUUGAUUAUAUCGUUACAGUAGCAUCUGUCAAUGGGUUGGAUAUAUUAGGCAGCUAGUGAACAGUCAGUUCUUGAAUUUCAUGUGUUCAAAGCAGGAAAAAUGGGCAAGUGAAAAGAGCUAAGUGACUUUAAAAACGGGCCAAAUAGUGAUGGCUAGACAACUCAGUGCAUCUCAAAUGGCCAGUCUUGUGGGUUGUUCCUGGUAUGCAGUGGUUAGUACCUACCAAAAGUGGUGCAAGGAAGGACAACCGGUGAACUGGCAUCAGUGUCAUGGGCGCACAAGACUCAUUACAAUGCAUGUGCUUAGUGAAGGUAAGCCCACUUGGUCUUAUCACAAAAGAGCUACUGUAGCUCAAAUUGCUGAAAAAUUUAACGCAUAACCUCAGUCGGUCAGUGUGCCCAUCAUGACCCCUGUCCACUGCCUAAAGCACCUUCAAUGGGGGCACAAGUUUUAGAACUGGAACAAGGAACAUGGAAGAAGGUUGGCUGGUAUGAUAAAUCACUUUUUCUUCUAGAUCAGGUAGAUGACUGGAUGCAUGUGCAUAAUUUACCUGGAGAAGAGAUGGCAGUAGGUUGCAUUAUGGGAGAAGACAGGACGGAGGAGGCAGUUUUAUGCUUUGGGCAAUGUUUUGCUGGGAAACUUUGGGUUCUGGCAUUCAUGUGGUUGUUACUUUGACAUGUACCACCUACCUAGAGAUUGAUUCACAAUUUGCAGGAAUUAAAGGAUCUGCUUCUAAUGUUGUGGUGGUUAGAGUUAUAUCAGGUUGCCUAACCAAGGUAACCAUUUUUUAUCACAUUUUAAAUGGCUAUCAUAUUAAAAAGACAUACCCUUUCCAUAUCAUAUUGGUAUUAAAGCACCUGAGUCCAGGAUGGGAUUUUUUUCUGUAGCCAAUAUCUUGAGAUUUCUAUUUUUAUGGCCAUCAUAAGUUGAAUUAUAAGAUAUCUUUUUUGAGUUGAGAAUUUUUUUUAUAUUAAAGUGAAAAAGAGCAACCAACAAAUUAUCUUCCAAAUCUUCUCCCACUAAGUCUGAUAUAACUCUAAAUGCCUUAUUCCAUAUAGGUCUUAAAAGCUUACAUCCCCACCAGAUAUGUUUAGAGCUACCUUCUACACAAUUACACCUCCAGCAUAGUUUGGUAUUAUCAGGGUUAAUUUUAUUUAGAAUUUUUGGUACCCUAUGUCAUUGAUGAAGAUUUUGUAGUGAAGCUCUAUAAUAUUUAAACAGUGCAAUGAUUUUUUAACUUCUUGAAUUGAUCUAUACCACUGCUCUAGCUCGAUGAGGGACCCCCUUUCUUGUUCCCAGUUUUUCCAUUCUUUUGGUUUAGACUCUAUUUCUUCACCUCUCAGUAUUUCAUACCAACUAGAUAUCAGUUUAUGUUUUGUAUUAUUUUUAAAUAGAUCAUUUCAUUUUUUAUUUAUCCUAGUAUCGUGAUGGAGGAGAUUCUUAGAUAUGAGAAUAUCUCUCUUGAUUUAAGGCCAAGACUUAACUGAAGGUGUGAAAAGGGCCUUAUUUUAUUCGACUCUAGUAGAUCUUUUAUUUUAAUUGUACCAGAUUUGAUCCAGUUACCUAUAUUUAGAUCAGUAUUAUUAUAUUUCAUUAUCUUAAUUGGAAUAUACUUAGAGAUUUGAUUUAGAAUAUGAUUCCCUGCCCCCCCUGCCCCCCCCCCCUGUAUUUUACCCAGUUUUCAUAAAUAUGUCUUAUAUAAGAGAUUUCUAUAUUUGAAAAAACAAUAGCACUGGCUCCAGCGUCAGUACGUAUCAUAUUAGAUCUCUUGUUUUACACAGAAAGGACUCAAUUUUGUACCAAGGAUCUUCUGUUGUCACUGGGCCCUGGAUGGAACAGCCUACUGGCUUCAUAGUAUUUAAUGAGAUUAGGGACCACCAGGCCACCCUUACUGGACUUUUUCAUUACGUGUAGAAUAGAGAUCCUAGAUAUCUUAUAGCCCCAGAUAUAAUUCAAAAAUAAUUUAUGGAUCUGUUUUGUUGUUGUUACAGAUAAAUGGGAUCAUUCUGAAAAGGUAUGACCAUUGAGGUAAAAUAUAUGAUUUGAUGAUAUUUAUUCUUCCUAACCAGGAAAUUUCUAUAUUUCUCCACUCUUUCAGAAAUGUAUCAAUAGUUCCUUUUAGAAGAUUAUCCACGUUUUUAUCUAUUAAUUUGUUUUUUGGUUGGAGAAAAAAUAAAUCCCAAGUUAUUUAAAACCUUGUGGUGACCAAGUAAAAAGGUAUUUAGUAUAUAGUCUAUUAAUUGUCAUAGAGUCUAAGUUAAUGGGCAUAAUUUGGGAUUUAUCAACAUUUAAUUUGUAAUUUGAGACUCUAGUAUAAUCUUCUAACGCUAAGAUUAAGGCCCCUAGCGAUGUGACUGUAUCUGUCAAUGUUAAUAUUAAAUAGACCGGUGGUUUUAUUGCUGUGGCUGAUCAGUGUAUCUACUUACUGGUAACCAGUGGAGGAUUUGACUUCUUUGCCUGAGGUUUGAGUACCCUAUUGUUUUCUCAUGAGAUACAGAUUAGUGAGUUUAAAUAUAAAGAUAAUGCUACUACUUUCAUGUCUUUAGUGGGACAACAGUUAGUAUAGAGCAAACUGUGGCCCUCCAGAUGUUGCUGAACUACAACUCCCAUAAUUCUUUGCAUUACAUAGAUAGCCAGAGAAUCAUGGGAGUUGUAGUUCAGCAACAUCUGGAGGGCUGGAGUUUGAGGGCCGAUGGUAUAGAGGCACCUAACAAACAGGAUUAUUCACUAAAAUGUAAAUUGUCAUGAAUUCAAACAGAAUUUGAAAAAAUUAGAUUGAAUUAGCUGAGGAGAAAAUAUAGCUGAUUUGGCGAAAUGUUACCAUUCGGCUAUAUGACCUAAAAUUUGAAUUUCAUGACAAACUGCACUUGAAUUAAUAAUCCUGUCAUCUUUUAACCUAAACGUAUCAAGUCACACAAAGUGUUAAAACCCGUUGAAUGGAUUCAACCGUAAAUAAGACUGGGCCAUUAUAAGUCAAUGCUUGAGAUUAUUGGGGCCUACUUAAACUACUUGCAUGUCCUUUGCAUUCUAUUAGUUUUUCCAUUCUCUCUAUGGCAGAUUCAUUAGUAUGCAUGUGGCAACUCUGUCUGUUAAUCGCCCCCAUGCCCUCCAGAGUCUUUUUCCCUGUUUCUAGGUUUCCAUACCCCUGUUUUCAUUUCAGUAUCCUCUGUCUGCCAUGGUAACUGUAUCCAGCAGUUGUGUAAUGUCACAUUAACUGGCAUCAUGUCACAGUGUGUGUUUUAGAGGAUCUCUCUGGACUGACCUUCCAAACACUGCAAACAUAGCACCUUAACAGAGUCUGUACCUUCCCAGGUGUUUGAUAUUAGCUUUAUCUUAUCCCAAUAUUUAACAACAACAAAAAAGCAUUUGUGAACGGUGAAAAUUUAUUGUGAUAAGCCCUGUCUUACGUACCUGGCAACCAGCAUACAGAAAGCAUACAAGGACAAGAUUGUCAUCUGUGUCUACUCAUAAUUUGCAACGAACUGGAUAAUAAAAUAAAGCAUUACACAAAACAGUUUAACACAAAUUAUAGUUGAUUUUCAAAGUUUUAUUUAAUAGUGACUGUUCCCCUUUAACAAAUAGGUAUCAGAAAUGUAUGGAUCCUGAUAUAAUUAAAUAAGGAAGCAGAAAGGAAAAUGAGCCUCAUUAUUUGCUGAUUUUAGGUUUUCAAUGAUCAUGACCAAGUCAGCUGUUUGUGGUAUAUGAUGCAAUCUCUGGGACUGAUACGAUUGAUUUAUUUACAUUUUAUUCAUUUAUUUUUUAAGCUAAGAUACUUUGUACACAGUAUAUUAUCGAAUACACUGGUAAAUCAAUGGAUACAAUACAGGAAAGGAAAAAUUCAGAUUAUAUAGUUAAUUUGGUCAUGGGAAAAACCUUUUGCCUUUGUUAGUAUCACGGAUACAUGCUAACUUUUUAACUUUGCUACAUUUUUCCUUCCCUUACAACUCAUGCAGUCCCUUACUCCCUUUACCAUUCCACCAUUCUCGGUUUUUCAUAUGCCUCCAAACUGUCCUACUUUUGGUGGCCCAGUCCCUACUUUGAGACUUAUCCCACAGUCCCAAUUUUGUUGCCUGGUGGCCCACAUUCAGAGACUCCAGAGAAUUGUCUCCAUGCGGCAAAGCACAAAAUUCUUAUACGUGCUGUGUGGCAGGACCUACAGCCAUGAAAAGAGCUUGACACCACUUUCAUGGCGGGCUCGCCAAGUUGUGUCAGGAACAAUGUCCCUCAGAGGGCCUGCCCACUGUCCAGAUCCCAUACCUUCCAAAUGUUAGGAGAUAUAAUAUACCUACUAUAGUUGUACAUUUGUGGGUUGUACCUUUCUCCCAUAUUUGUGUGUUGCAUCUUGGUGGCUGGGGUAGAGGGAUUCCAUGCCUGUUUUCGUGCUUCCGACUAUAUUUUGCCUGGUUUUAGAUAAACCUUUCAUCUAUCAUGUCUAUUUUCUUUCGUAUGCUUAUCAACUUCCUACGGACACUUAAAAUGUGGGCUUUCAGAUCAGCAGAUGACACAGUGCUGUGUUAAAAAAUAUACAUGUCCACGUAUGUAUUUGUGUUAGGUGUCUCUGAACCAAACCAUUAUCUGCGAGUAACACACAGUCUGCGUUAUUCACUAACGUCUGAAUGCUGCCUUUCUGAAUGAGGUAAAGCAAUCUGGUUUUAUACAGGGGCAUUAAAAUUCUACAUAUCUGAACUAUUUGCCUGCUGAUAGCACUAGCACCCAGUGGGUAAACAGAUUUAAAAAAAAAACACUUAGGGGGCUCAAGGGUUAAGUUAUAUGGCAACUGACCAAAAAGGCUGCACACAAAGAUUGUUAGCUCACUGUUAUUGCAAAUAUGAUACAAUACUGUUUUGCACGGUGUAACAAUAUAUUACAAUGUUUUGAUGCAUCAUGUUCUCAGUGUAAUGUUCUGCCUUGGAAUAAAUAAAGAAUUUAAAAAAACAAACAAAAAUGCUGCCCAGGGCACCCUUACUAACUAUUUAAAGUGAUGGAAAGCUUUUAUGAAGGCCAUUCCUGUCAUUAAUAAUCAGAUUAUGUUUGAGGCUCAUUUUUUUCAGUCACAUUUGUUUUGUAAUUCUAGUAAUUUUUAAUAGUUGCAUGGCAUAUUACGGACUUUCAUUUGACCUUUUUGGAGGACGAAAAAAGAAGAAUUCUGAAGUAGAAGCGUAACUAGAAAACGGAAAUUGCCCUGCCCCCCCACCAUAUGCCUUAUCCUCCUCCCCAGCCACUACAUUUGUCUUAUUCCCUUCCCCUCAGCCCCUCCAUGUGUUUCAAUUUCCCCCGCCCCUCCAUGUGUCUUGCUCCCAAGCCCCUCCAUGUGUCUCAUUCCCUCCCCCAGCCCCUACAUAUGUCUCAUCCCCCCAGCCCUUCAAGUUUCUUAUUCCCCCAGCUCUCCAUGUGUCUCAUUUCCCUUCUCAGCCCUCCAUGUGUCUCAUUCUCUCUCCCCCCAGCCCCUCCAUGUGUCUCAUUUCCCGCCCAGCCCUCCAUAUGUCUCAUUUCCCCACCAGCCCUCCAUAUGUCUAAUCCCCCCCAGCCCUCCAUGUAUCUCAUUUCCCCCAGCACUCUAUGUGUCUCGUCUCCUUCCCUCACCCCAACCCCUCCAUGUGUCUCAUUCUCUCCCCAUUUGUCUCUCCUUCCUCCCCUCCUGUACCUGUUCACCCGGACCGUGGUACCAGGACUGACAGGAAGUGCUCUCUCAGUGAACACUACGCAGUCCCACUGGCCAUGCUACAAACCAUGGCAGGAAGGGAGCAGCACAGCGCUACCCUCCUGCCGGUAACCUUGCAAACGCAGGUCCCAGGUUGGUGCGGCAGCACACCUACCCUGGUCGUAGGGGUCGCAGUUGCGACCGGCUUCUGGAGUGACGGGCCAGGUUCCACUGCGACUGUGGUAGUUACUUAGGACUUAGCUGCAGGGCUUAGCUCAGGAGGGCUCUCCAUCAGAAGUCAUGGAGGUGGAGACCGGGUCUGGCGGACCCCAGAUACAUUUUUUUUUCUAAAAUGGUUUAACCGUUUACAAUGAGGGGCUCCAAGAUACUCUUUGCACCAUAACCACUUCAGCAUACUGUAGUGGUAAUGCUGGUUGGAGUGUUUACCAAACUUGUAAAAAUUUACCCAUAGAGUCACAAUCCCUCCAAAAUAGCGGGGGACAUCAAUAGUUUGAUAUGGGCUAAUUUCAGGGGGGAGAUAGAAUCUAAACAACAACUUUCUAGUGGUUUCCUUGUGGGCUAUACAUUAAGAUUUUUUUAAUUUUAUUUGAUAAGAGUGCCGUUCCAUGCAUCUAGUUCUUCUUCCAAUGUCCUCAUUUAGAAGAAUUGUAUAGGGAUUCUCAACAUUCUCAAGAUCAACAAAAACUUUGUAACAAUUGGUAAUACACAUCAAAUAGUACAAAAUUCUCCUACAAUAAGUUUCAUACAGAACACCAAAGGUGAUAGCAGUUAAACAACAUAGUAGCAAUAAAAACACAAAUACAAAUAAUGAACUCAACUGCGGCACCUCGGGAAUGUGAUGGAUGUAUGUGGUAAAAUAAAUUAUUAUAGAUGUGUUUUAGGUAUAGGACCUAUCAAAAUAGUGGGUAUCAAACACAAAACAGGAAUGUAUCAUUUAGAUGAAAAGUAGCGUAAUGUCAAAAAUACUGUAUUAAUUGGAAAAUCUAAUUUGGUUGUAACUGGGUAACAGUGUCUUGAUAUACCCAUCCCAUUUAGUUCAGCAGCUAUUGUCAUUCCUGAGGGAGGGCUCUUGCGUAGACAUCUUGAUCUGAAUUACAGGGAAUAGUAUCAAUCACCAUGGGACCAUCAGUCAAUGUCCUCCGUCUGGCUAUACAUGUUCAUGCUUCAAUUAACAUAUGGAUUAGUAAGGCUUGGGUAGCUUUCCAUAUUUCCUUUGAGACUAUUAGCAGUAAAAAUGUUCAGGAUAGAAUUAGGAAGUGAAUUCACAGAGCUCUUGAAUAAGGUUGUUCAUUUGACACCAAAAAAAUCUGUAUAAUAGAGCAGGUCUCCCACAUGACGAGCAUAGUGCCUAAAGAUGUCUGACUCCUCCAACAAUCUACAAGAAGCAUUUUUAUCGCCGGUUGGUGAGUUACUAAAUACCAUUAGUACAGUAUUUUUCCUUAUAAUACUACAUGAUUUUUAUAUUGUGGAUGGAGCAAAAUGCACAGGGCAUCUACCAGAGAUUUAAUUUAAUUUAAACCAAUUUGUUCACAGUGAUAAGCUGUGUGGAUAUUUAAGAUUAAGUUUACACAUUCUAUUUGUAUGUAUAUGUGACUUUAACUGGACCACUUAAAUGUAUCUUCAUUUGAUAUGUCUGGAUAAAUACUAAUUACAGUUUUCACAUCUCUCUUCAGGAGAUACCAGACGUCUGGCUAACUUUUGAGAAGGAUUAAUGCACACUUGUUUUUGCUAAGGAGGCUAAAGUGACAUUGCAACUGUUUAAUCCUGCUCUGUCAUGUAAUGUGACCCAGACAGUGAGAUAUCUCUGCGGAGACCAACUCAGCAUCUUCACUCUUACUGGAUACUUCAACUAAGCUGUGACCAGGAUGAAUCUGAGCGAGGACAAAUCACUUCUUGGGUUAGCACAGAAGCCAAAAGAAGCAGCUCCCACACCAACUUAAAAAAAGCUUUGUGAAAGCAUAUUUAUCAUUGUCUACAUUUCAAAGUCAAUCUCUACUUUUCAACAGUUUAUUUUAUUGUUUGUGUAAAGACUGACAGAGACAGUUACGUAAUUCUCUGUUUCUGCUACAUCACACAUGGUGGUGAACACAAUCAACUUUUUACAACAUAUAUGACUUGUCUUUCAAAUCAGCUGUGGAUACUUUUCCUGACACUAUGUUGCGUUGAUUUGCGCUAUCUAUAUAUCUAUAAUAUAUAUAGAUAUAGAUUUCUUUCUUAUAGCACAGUUCACUAAAGACGUCCAGAUAUGUUGACAAUGACAGCAAUGUACAUGAAUGGAAGUACCGCAGGGAACCAGCGGUAUGCUCGGUGGAACCGGAAGGAUGGUUUGGAGGACUAUGCACAGUCUGAGUGCUAUGAACAGGAUGGAGAUGGGAAGACACGCAAGCUAACACCCUUUGAGAAACUUAUUCAGGACAUGUCACGUGAUGAGAAGACAGUGAAAGAGCUGACUCUGGGCAAAAGGAUCGGCUUUUAUCGACUUCGUGGAGAAAUCGGAAGUGGAAAUUUCUCACAAGUAAAACUUGGAAUUCAUGUACUUACUAAAGGUAAAGUCUUCUCUAAAUCGAUGGGGGAAAAAACUGAAUAACUGAAAUAUAGAAUUCUAUAAUCAGUGGAGGUUUUUGGAACUCUGCAGCACAAUAUGAUCAUAAAACCUUUGCUGGAACCCACAAGUGCCAGUCAUUUUAGCUCAUGAUACAUAAUAGCAAACUACCAUUUGUUCUUUUAACCCAUAAGACAUCUGUACCUAAUAUGAUUAUUAAUAGGAACAUAGAAUAUGUCACAUUAUACAACAUGCAUUUGAUAUACGGAAUUUUAUUAAUUCAUGCUCUGAUGUGGAACAAUAUAUGCUUAAGUGAAUUUUGCCCUAUUAUUAUUAUUAUUUUAUUAUUUAUAUAGCGCCAGCAAAUUCCGUAGCGCUGUACAAUGUGAUCCAUAUAAAUGUAUCUAAAGGUACUCAUCAACAUACAUUCCGUAAACUCCAAGUUUAAGAAAAUUAUAUCUGAAUGGCAGAAUUGAAGUUGAAGUAGCUGAUUUGAAGAUUUCUCCAACUCACAGUUUGGCUAUUUUCGCUUCAGUUUUUCAAUUUAGAUUUAACCCACUAAAAUUCAGAAAGAAUAACCAAGAAUUCUAUUGAUAUUGUACUUAUUUAUUAAAGGAUUACUGCAGCAACCAUGAACAAUCCAGUGAUUUGAAGUGGUUAUAGUUGUAGGAGUCAGUAUGUGCAGUGUUUCAGCUUGAAACACUGCACAUACAGAGAUAUUACUAAUUGUGUUGGGGGACUACUAGCACCGCCUGCGCAUGUUACAUUGGCAACCAGUGUUAAUUCUAUGCAUAAAAAAUGUCUGUCAUCUGCGUGCACUGCGUUGUUAGGGGGAAGCUUUUGGGGCUGACUCUUCAGCUCCCAAUCUCUAUAGGUAGUGGAUGGGGCUGGAGGAUAAGUUUUUUUUUUUAAAUAAAUGUAUUAUAAUCCAUUUUACUCAAAGCAGCCACCUAUGUAGUAUAGUGUAUGCUAUAGUCACCAGUAUAGUGCUGUGCAAGGUAACUGUUGAAAAAGUUUGCCUAAACCUGUAUUAGUUAGGUAGCAGCAUUGCAUUAAAUAUAGGUUGUGCAGCAUUGUGCUUGUUUCCAGCUGUGAUGUCAUUGAGAUCCUGGAGAGCAUAAGCGGUAUGCUGGGCUGUUCAUUGGUAGUGAGGAGAAGCCAUAAAAUAGAGUAGGAAUAUGUAACAACAUCCCCACCUACCUGCUAGAGUAGGGGAUAUCAUGUUUUGCUUUGGCUCAAGCCGCAGCUGUUUCUGGAAUCUUGCAAUUCCCCUUUGUGUUUUCUUUUACUACAAAAUCCAGUUAUAUACUUGGGUACCCUGGAGGGUCAUUGACCAAGAAUAACAUGACAAAUAGUUGCACGAAAAAAACUAGACUCUAAAUGCCAUGAUGAACUUUCUAAAAGCUGUAUAUUUACACAGCCAUUUUCUACAUCCUGUAUAUUUCUGGUUUUGAAUAAUGUUUUGCUAUAAUAUUGUAUCACUUUUUUUAUUUUCCAAGAAAAAGUUGCAAUAAAGAUAUUGGAUAAAACCAAACUGGACCAGAAGACCCAGCGCCUGUUGUCUCGUGAAAUCUCAAGCAUGGAGAAGUUACAUCAUCCCAAUGUGAUCCGACUGUAUGAAGUGGUGGAAACCCUGUCCAAACUGCACCUGGUGAUGGAAUAUGCAGGAGGUGGAGAGCUUUUUGCAAAAAUAAACACUGAAGGAAAGUUAUCAGAAUCCGAAAGUAAAAUUAUCUUCUCGCAGAUAGUCUCUGCUGUGAAGCACAUGGUAAGAUCUUAUCUCCAUCACUGUUUAAACAAUAAAGAUAAUGACUAUACAGACCAGAAGUGGUUUCAAAAUGAAAAUACCAAAAUUCAAUCGAGGCCUUUGAAAAGAUCUUGUUGUAGGAGCGUAGAAUAGACAAUACUAUAUUGCGGGUAUUAUACAAAAUAUUUUGAUGACCAAUAGAGAAAUUAGACAGUCCACCCUUGCUAUCAAUGUUUCAGAAAUCAUUGUUCUGUUUUGCUUCAUCCGUAGCUAAAAAGUUUGAGCUGAUGAACUAAUGUUGUAUUCCUCUUCCCCUUAGCAUGAUAACCAAAUAAUACAUAGAGAUCUGAAAGCCGAAAAUGUGUUCUACACAAGCAACACGUGUGUGAAGGUUGGAGAUUUUGGAUUUAGUACAAUCAGUAAAAAAGAUGAAACACUGAACACCUUCUGUGGUUCUCCUCCAUAUGCAGCACCUGAGCUUUUCCGAGAUGAAAAUUACAUUGGUGUCUUUGUGGAUAUUUGGGCUUUGGGUAUACUUUUAUACUUCAUGGUGACUGGUAGCAUGCCAUUCCGAGCAGAUACAGUGGCCAAAUUAAAGAAGUGCAUUCUCGAUGGAACAUACACCAUCCCACCUUAUGUGUCUGAACCAUGUCAGAAACUGAUCAAGGGGAUGCUUCAGCCAAUACCUUCUGACAGAAGCAGUGUUGAUCACAUCGUAAACAGUGAGUGGAUGCGUGGGGUACAAUACCCAAAGCCCCUGGAACCAUUCAAAUUAGACCCAAAACACUUACUGGAGGCAAGUGCUCUCAAUGAGGAUGAAUUAGAAGUGAAGAUUACCUUGGAAACUUUAGGCAUUGCAGAGGAACAUAUUCUUAACAACCGGGGAAAAGACUCACGGAGUUCCAUAACAGGAAUUUACAGGAUUGUUCUUCACAAAAUGCAGAAAAAGAAGGCAAUCGAAAGCGUUCCCAUAGUAACAAAUCCAGAACCAAAGGAUAAAUACACAAAGAGGCCUCAUCGAACACGCCGAGAAAUAAGGCAUACAUCUAAAUUUUGUUCCAUUUUAUAACUGUGUUUUCAGUUCUUCACUUUGUAAAUUAAGCUCUUCUUGGAUGCUAGAAAUGUGGCAUCUUGGAGCAGCUUGAUUCAUUUUUUUUUAAUACUAACAUGUUGCCUUUCAGAAUACAUUUCUGAUUCUGAUAGCUAUUUUUCUUAAUGCUAGUAGCAUGGUAAUUGUUGCUUAAAAGGGAACUGUCAUUUGCCAGUAUUUUUACCAUUAUAUUUUCUUAUUGCCUCGAUUUAACAGAUAUGCAUCUGGAAGAUGCAAAAAUAAAAUGAAUGAUAGAAAUAUACAACUUUUUAUCUGGCAACUGGAAGCCUCCAUUUUGAGUCCAUGUCAGUCAUUGUUAUAAACUUCUGCACUUUGGAACAGUAAGCAUUGAGGAAGCCCCGGAUGUGCCUCACCUCAACUAGAUUGUUGUGUAAUGUGCUUCAUUUUAAAUAUACAUUUAAAAGACAACAGAGCGUCACAAGAAAAAAAGUUGACACAAGCAAUCAGUGAUUUUCAAUAUUUUACUCAAUGGUGUAACUUCCAAAGAAGUGACAGUUCUCCUUUAAGAUAAUUACGCGAAACAAAGAAGUACUAUUGUAAUGACAGUGCUUCCAAUUAGACCAAAUUCACCCUCUUCUCUAAUUUUAAUGAGAACUUCCAGCUGUGCUCAGCUGUUUGCAGUGCCAAAAUCCUUAAUUAAAUAUGGUUCCAAUAUACAACUCCGACAGCAUUAAAAACCAUCUAGUCUGUCAAGACUUAUAGUUAAGAAAUCACAAACUGAUCAAACUCUUUGAUCUCCUCUUAAACAAAAUGCUUAAAGGGAUAAAACAUGAAAAAAUAUAUUUGGGAAUCUGGCGCCCUCCCUUGCAAUUAAGUGGAUAUUACAAGGUUCUAGAGCACGGAUAGGCAACCUUCGGUACUCCAUAUGUUGUGACUACAUCCCCCAUAAUACUUUUACACACAUAAUGCUGGCAAAGCAUCAUGGGAUGUGUAGUCCAAAACAUCUGAAGCGCCAAGGGUUGCCUAUGCCUGUUCUAGAGCUAGAUUCUUUAUGAUUACUUGUGACAACUGAACAGCAAUUUCCCUCUGACGUCUCAGGGAACAUUUCUUCACAUUCAUAACCUUAUUUCCAAUCAGAGAAUCCAGCCGCCAGUCUGUUGUGUGUUUAUAAUACCAUUUCAGUUCAUUUAAAUCUAACGUUAUUGUACUAUUUAUAUUUUGCUAUUGUUAUUAUUAUAAUAUUGAAAUAUACGAUACAUAGGUAAAAUACCCUAUACUAGGGUGGCCUUUUCAGAACCUCCUGAAGGCUUAGCAAACACUACUGACACUUCAACAAUUUAGCAAUUGUGCUUUUUUUUUCUUUUCUUUUUUUUUUAUUAUUAUUUUUAAUACCAUGGCCAAAUUGCUGGAAUUGAUGCUUUAAUUAAGCAUUUAGAGUUUCAGAUGGAAAGGAUACAUUCCAAAGUGGAUGUUCCGUUCAUAUCAUUUUAUUCCAGAUUAAGGAAUACAUUAUGUACCAAAUCAUCUCACAGUGUGUACAUUAUUGCUAUUGGCUUCCAGUCUAUAUUUUACUGGGUUUGCCAUAAAGUAACAGUUGGAAGUAAAACUCAAUCAGUAGUCAGAGUGCCUUUUUAUAGCAUGUGUAUACAACUAUUUCCAUGUUUCUCUGCUUGCUCAUAUUAAUAAUAAUAUGACAACAUUUAAAAAAUAUAUAUAUUUAAUGGAUGAUUGGCAAAACAUACUCCACAAAAGAUAACAUAAGAAACUUAGAGAUGUACAGGGAUUACAGAAACUGUAGGCUAUUCCUAUGCUUGUAAAUUUAACAGGAUGGUUGUUCAAGGUCAUGGGAAGGUUCUUAGACAGCUGUGUACACCCCUGCCUAUUGGCACAGAAGCAGUGGUGUAUUAAGGUUUACCACAUAUGGAAAUAUUUUCUUGAAUUCUGAAAAAGCAGGACCCCUUAGAGGUAACCUGGAACAGUGGGGCCCAGCUCCUGCAUCCAUUAACUUAUUGUGAUGGUGUCUUUAGGUCCCGACAUGAUGCAUUCAUUCAAUUCAUUUGGCCACAUCUGAAUUCUACUUGCAGCUACAUAGCGAUAUUUAUGUACUUGCCAACAGAAUGUGAAACGCAUAUAGGGUUAUUUACUAAAGUGAGAAUUGUCAUAAAUUCGAAGUGAAUGGGUCAAUUUCAAAUUUAAUUCUAAACUAGUUAGAAAAAAUCGGGGCCAGCUGUUUUGGUGUAAAAUUUGAUAUUUACUUUGAAUUUUCUUUUAAUUCCCACAACUUCCAGUUUCCAUUAUAGUAAAUCAUCCUGAUAGAUAUUUGGAAAAUCAUGGUCAAGGUAGCAACUCUAAAUUAAUCAGGUACAGUGAUACUCCACCAACAUUUUGUGCCACUGUUAAGACCCCAGUGUGUGCCCUGGCCUAAGUAUUUCUAACGCUACCCAUACUUGCAAUUAGACCUACAUUAGACCAGCACUGUGUAUGUGUGUUUCAGCAACGCAUGAAAAUAUAGCACUUGUGAGGUAUGUUCGGAAAGUGAAUAUAUUAGGUCGUCCAUGGAGUCUCAUUUUCAUGUUGAAGAACAAACUACACAGAUUAUGCUAUACAUUUUUUUUGUAUGUGGCUUCCUGUGUCCUAAGUCUUUUUUUGUAGCUCUCAAUAUUGUCUUGCAAAGAGGCUGAGGAUGUAACACAGAGUAAAAGGGGUAUAUUUGUUAAUUGCUUCCCUGGAAAAAUAUAAUUGCUACUAUUCCCGGCCUGGCAUAUAUAAACAGUUGGACAAUGUAUUUUUGUAAAGUAGACAUUGGGUUGAUAAGAGCUCAGUGAAUUGCAGUGGCCUGCUAGUUCCCUGGAUGUACCGUACUGUGUACUAGUUCCCUUGUUAAAACUUAAAUUAGCCCAGAGAUUUAUGUUCCUUGCCAGUAAAUGGUGUCAUAAAUCACAAAGAAAAUGCAAAUCAAGAGAGAGCUCACGCUGUUUCUUAUAAUGCUGGUUGCGAAAAGCUGUAGCCGUGUCUGUGCUAGCAGCAACUAUAGAAACUGUAUUACUUCUACAUUUUCACAAUUUUUCUAGUAAAUGGGAUUGUGUGGCAAUAGCUUCUUUUUUCCCCACCAUAAAUUACAACAUUGAUGUUUUUUUUCCCAAACUAAGAAUUGAACUGAAAAUUAUAGGCCAAAGUAACUGAAAUAUAAAAGAAACUGGCCUUGUCAAUUCUCCACAAACUAAAUUUUUAAAUUAGUAUUAUGCUCAGUAAUAAUAAUAAUAAAUAUUAUUAUUAAAUUAUUUAUAUAGUGCCAGCAAUUUCUGUAGUGUUGUACAAUGGGUGGACUAACAGACACGUAAUUGUAACCAGGCAGUUGGACGCACAGGAAUAGAGGGGUUGAGGGCCCUGCUCAAAGAGCUUACAUUCUAAAGGGAGUGGGGUAUAGUGACACAAAGGGUAUUAGUAGGGGUAACAAAGUAGAUUGCUAGAAAAGUAUUCACUGAGGUCUUAGUAGGUUAUUUUUGACAGUUGUAGGAGAAGAGUCAUGGGGGGGAGGGAAUGAAAACAAUUUCAUUGAUACACUUUCCUGAAGAAGUGAGUUUUCAAUGAUUUUUUUUAAGGAAUGGAAACUGGGUAAAAAAGUGUAACGGAGACGGGAAGGGAGUUCCACAUUAAAGGUGCAGCCCUGGAGAAGUCUUGAAGCGAGCAUCAAAAACAUGCAAUUCCUGGGUAGUGCAGGAUACUUUAGGAAAUUUAUACCACACUAUAGUAUCCUGGCCAAACCUUUUUUUGUAUUAAAUUGUCUGAUUUUUCCCCCUAGUAUUAAUCAGAGUAAAGGCCAAAAUUGGAACAUCUUGCCACUUGAAGAUUUAUAGAAACAGUCAUAGUUGGUUAACAUGAUCAAAUGUCAUCUCUGUUAGAGCACACACACCCCUUAUGGGAUUCCUGACAUAUUAUAAAGCAAUAUGUGUCCUUCUGAUAUACCCCUGACUUUUUCACUAUACUUUGCAACUUUUCACAUCCACUUUUGUGGAAAACUCUUACGCGCAUGAAAAAGCACCCUGAAAAAUAGGUGGGCCAUCCUUAAUGGGGUUAAAUGUUCCAGAAAUUAUCAGUCUCGCUUCUAAAAUAUAUAUUUUUUUGGCAAAGAGCAGAAUGUGGAGUGUUUAUUACAUGUUGUCUAUCAGUGUGUCAGUUGUAAAGCACAAAUUAUCUUAUAUUGCAUGGUUUAUAGUGAAUUAAUUAAAACUUAUAACAAACACUGUAAAAAAGACUCCACUGGACGAAUUGGAAUAACACAAGCUGUUGAUUGACAGAAAGAUGAAAUAUUUAAGUAAUAUACAGUAUUAAUAGUAAAUAGUCAGCAACCAUCCAAAUAUCCUAAGGUGCUUUGUGUUAUGUAAUGAUGAAAUUAAUCAAACAUUAAACAGCGUGCUGGUUUUUGAUUGGUUGCUUGGUUUAAAUCACCUGACUUUUGACUCACCUCCUGUAUGUUAUAAUUAAAAACAAAUUAAACCUCGCUAACCUUUAAAAAAAAAAAAAGAAAGUUGCUGAGCAUUUUCACUACACUGCAAAUAUUAGCACACGUGUACGGGUAUUUUGUAUAAAAAAAAAUGUGACAUUUUCACUACACAAUAUAGCAGAGACAAUAAAGCUAGUGCAGUUAUUCAUUUAGUGUACAGCAGCAAUAAUGAUGAAAUAUAAUUGCCAUCCCUGAUAACCUCUUAGUUUGUGAAAGUUGCCUGCAACGCAUUGCCUUUUAGGAGAAAAAAAAGUGAAUUUAUUUAUAAAAUAGUUUUACCAGGAAGGAUACAUUGAGAUUUCUCUCAUUUUCAAAUGUCCUGAAAAAUUAUGGCUAUUGUGGCACUUUCUGAUUUAUCAGUUAACUUUAAAUUUCUAUAUGAAAUAUUAAAUUGUGAUCUAUGUAGAGGUUUGCUCCGCUGUUUAGAUAUGUCUGCACCAACAUGACACUUGAUUUGGAAUUUCCAUAUUAUUGGAUCAGUACUCUUUUAGGAUUUUACUUUGCCUUCACAAUGGUGGUGAUUACCAUAUUUGACAUCACUGAAUACCUUGCAAAUGGUGUUUUAUAAUACAGAGGAUAAAUAAUGGUAAUGUAUGUAUCAUGGGAAAUAAAUUCAAUUGAGGGAUUCUGCACAUCAUGAUAAACCACAAGACCAAAGAUCUAGUCUAGUGUUUUACAAAUGUUGCCAGAAAUCAAGGAUGCCAUUAUUUUUCCCAAUAAAUAGUUGUGUAUGUUUUAUAGCAGGGCUCGUAAUUUCAAAACAGCACUAGCCAGGCCUUAAAAGUAACUCACCAGUGCAAGCCUGGAGGGUCCAUGACACAUAGAUAGAAUUUAUACUCUCCAGGGCUAAACUUGAAAUUGUUUAAAAUAAUUACUGAAAACCCACUGAGUGAUCUUUUCUUUGUCUAAUUAGAUAUCUCUCUAUAAAUCUUCCUAUAAUUUACUGCUAUUGUUUUCAAUUUAAACCUGCAGCAUUCUAAAUAUACUUGGCAUUGAUUUGCAGAGGACCCAAGCUGCCCAUGUGUCCCCGUCUGAGUUCAGUUACAGAAUCAGUUAAAAUGAAGGCGAGAUAAUUUAGAGAAUUGAUUUUUCCCGCAGAUGUGACAAAUGUGACAUUGAUGAGUUAGGUAGCGAUUCGCUUAGUUAUUCAAAAAUCAUUUGAGUGAUGUGCAGUUAAGGAACCAAAUUUCAGUUUUUUUUUAGCAUGUAUAUGUUGCAAGCACAAGCUGGGUUUGAACUUUUAAUUUUCCUUUUACAUAAACUGUCUCAGUAACAUGGAUUUGUUUUACUGUGUGAGACCUGUUAACAUUGUAGUCUAGAAGCUGGCUAUGUAUAAGCAUUAUUCAUAUGCUAGAGUAGUAGCUAGUUGGCCGCCUUAGAAUUGAUCUGUGCUAACAUUGCAUAAUAUUAAUGACUAUGCUUUGCAAUGCAUUGCAGGCACUUUCGGUACUGAAGAGGUUAAAGCUCAAGUGGAGAAGCUGAGCCUGAUAGGGGAAACCUGAAGUCCAUCUGUCCUGUGAUGCAAGAAUUUUAGACACUGCCCUUUUGUUUAGCAAUACAGAUUUUGUUUUUCCAGCAGUGAAAAGUAAUGUUUGAUUGAAAUUUAUAUAUAUAUACACACACACACACAC